AUGGCGACUACCACAUGGCUAGCCGAGACGGCAAACGAACAGCGUGAACCAGCCCUGUGCUCUGUGGACUGCAUGAUGCAGAGACUAAGCGAGCACUUCUACCAGCUAUGGGUCAAACUGGAGACCCACAUAAUCUCUACACCGCCCAAUCCUCGAGAUGGAGGACGGGGUGGCAAGAAACGGAGGGUGAGGAGGACCCCCUUCGGGCCUAAAGCACCCAGACAAGCCAGCAAUGUGAGGUGCAGGCUUGUCUGGGUGCUUUAUGCCCGAGGGGGUCCUCCUCACCCUCUGUUUCUUGCCACCCUGUCAGGAUAUUUAUAUCUGCAGACAUUUUGUGCUAAGAAAGAAAUUAAAAGUGUAUAUUGCCAGAGUUACUCAGAACAGAGCGGACUCCAUUUUGCUAUCUUCAGGAUAACAGAGACACAUCAUUUCCUUGCUUUCACUAACCACUGAGCUUGAGAUAAGGAAUGCAUUAUAUAAACACAGACACUAGUGACAGAGAAGACUAAGUAAUUAAUUUUACUUUCUAAAUUUUACAAGGUCUCAUUGUAAGUAAGGGGUGAAAUUGAGUUUAGAACUGUCAAUUUUAGAAAUUACGAUCAAAGUAGUUGCCACAAAGACUGAGACAAACACUUUGAACUGACAGCAAAUUUAAGUUAUGGUAGUCAUUUUAGAUAAGCCAAAUGACGUCAAAAUCGUCAUCAGGAAAAGUUAACUCUUUCCUGGAUAAGAAGGUUUAGUUAGGCAAGACUGCCCUCUAUGGAUCAAAUACCUAAAUUGCGAUCCAUCGAUUGAACCCACCUUCAGCUUCCUAUUGGCCGUAUCAACUAAUGACGUACAGAGAGUCUGGCCCUUUAAAAGUUAGGACAAAGGGAAGAGAGAAGUUAGUUGGUAGAGAGAGGGAGUUGGAGUUUGGUCAAUCAGAUUCGGACAUGCAGAGAGAGAGACUCAAGAAACACUCUCUGGGACUAACACUCUACUCUUAACCCCUUAAGGACCAAACUUCUGGAAUAAAAGGGAAUCAUGACAUGCCACACAUGUCAUGUGUCCUUAAGGGGUUAAACUCUCUUGGACACACCUCCUUGACACUUUGAAAUUUACUGAUACUUUCUAACCAACACCACUUUUUCUCUAUUACUUGCACACCUCCAUACAACCAAUCAAGUUCCUGGGACUACCUACUCAUCUGAUGAGAAUAUCUACAUAACUGGUAAUUAUGCUGGUUUUAUUUAAUUAAUUUAAAUUAAUUUAAAUUUACUAAUAGCAUGAUAUAUGACUGGAUAAAUCACGGUCAGAUUUCAAUAUUUAGAAAUCUUAGUUAACUAAAGAAUAUAUAGUUAUAAACAUUCCAUUCUGCAGGUGGAAUUAAGAAUAAUUAUAUAUUAAUGUGAUAGUAUCCAAUGUUAGCAUACCGCUGUUUUUAUCCAGGUGUAUUGAUUUGCUCUAAAAUAAGAUAAGAUAUCUUUUUAGGCUAAUUAAAAUUCGGCUUAUAGAAUCUGGUAGAUUAUUCUUAUUGGAUGGUUCCAGGAAAUGACUAAUGAGCUGCUUUGAAUGUUAUUUUAAUUGAAAAUUACAAGAGAAUAGGAUAUAAUAUGCCUAGGAGGAUCUAGCCAGAAUUGAAAGGGUUACUCAGUUGAUUUAACUGUUAGCCAAGGUUUUAUGGCUUUUCGCUGUGUGAAGCUUUACUUUUGUCUGUAAAGAUACCCUCAUAAAUCUUAAGUGACAGAUGAUGCUGUUAGCCAUUGGAACGUGUAUAGCCAUUCCAUUGUAUUGCAUACUUAUGUUAUACUAAAUACUCACUGAUUAUUAUCAUGCAUGCUGCCUAAUAUUAUUGUUAUUUAAUUUGUUACAAUAAAUUAAAUCUAUUUUUAUAACACAUUGUGAUUUUUAUUUGUAUGGAAUACAUUUCACUUACAUGAUAAACGAUCUCUAAGAUCUAAGAGAAUUGAAAUAGUGGGCAAUUUUCGACUGUUUAAUAUUAUCAUCCCAUAAAUAUCCCCACAACCCCGUCCUCCAUCUCGAGGAUUGGGGCGGUGUAGAGAUUAUGUGGGUCUCCAGUUUGACCCAUAGCUGGUGGAAGUGCUCACUUGCCUCUCUCUGCAUCAUGCAGCUAUUGCCCCCCACAGCAACACCAGCUACACUCAUAAUGCGCUACAGCUAUGUGCCCUGCGACUGUUACUCUCACAUUGUUUUAAUGUUAUAUGCCAAACAAUUGACAACUACAUUAAUGCCAAUGUUAUUCCUAGCUUAUUCCAACUCAUAAACAAAAAUGUGCAGCUUUUUGUAUUGCCACUGUGACAAAACUGAUGAUCAAAUCAUGCGUGCUAUUGUGGCACUUGACACAUGCCUGUAACUACCUCUGCAGAGAAAAAUAAAGAAGGCGGCUCUAUGAAAGUGUGUCUUUUUUAUAGUUGUUGUUUUGCAUUUUUUUUAUUUGCAUAUUUUUUUUGUUGCAAUAUUUAUUAUAUAUAUGUGCUUUAAGUAAAAUAAUGGGUUAACUCUGGCCUGGACUGACCCUUUAAACUUUUUAUCUCCCAUUGUCUCAAUAAUUUACGCUAUUAAAAGCAAUACGUUCCAUACUUAUACAUAGCAUAUACUGUCUUAGCUGUACCUUUGACUUAAAGGGGUACUCCGUACCAAAACAACUUUAUCUUAAUUAAAAUGUAAAGUGGUGGAGCAAUAAAGAUAAAAAGAAAAAAGAAAAAAAAAAACUUCUAUUGAAACUCCAUGAAAGGAGAACUUUUCUUAUAAAAAUCAUCUAAAAAAAAAUAAAUAGGAAAAGUCAGUAAAGGGAAUGCUGCAAGUCCUAUAUGGAAAAAUACCAGUAACCUACACACAUCCAAUGGGAAACAUAUAAAACAUAAGAAAGGACUGUGCCACCCCUCUAGAAAUAGCUCUUAACACAAACUCAUGUCCUGCAAAAUAAACUUUGUAUAUACCACUAAUUUUGUGGGAUAAUGAACAAGUGACCAGGCAAUACACCAUAUAAAAUUAAUGAAACAAUUUAUUGAUAAUGCAUCUUAACAUUUUUUUUAAGUGAAAUAAAAAAUUGGUGCAUAUCUCCAAUGUUUUACUCCUUCGCAUACAGCCAUAAACUCUAACAGGCUCGCAUCCGCAUUGAGCACUUCUGUAAAAUGUGCUGAUACUGAAUGUGACAUAAACUUUCUUGGAAUGUUGCACUAAUGUUCCCGUACUCUCGUAGUUAAUUUCUUUGUGGUUCUCCCUACAUAUUGUAGACCUUUAGCUUAAUGAAGCAGUUUUGGUGAAUAGAUCAUUACCCUGCCGUCUCACUGCUCACUUCUCUGCCAUUUAGGUGUUAAUUGUUGUUCCUGUCAAAUGUGACAGCACAGUGUGUUUAGUAGGGAUGUGCAUGGGCAAAACAUCCCCAAUCCUCAAGUCCCGAAGUGCCGAAUUUCGGAAGUGCCAAACCGAAUUGCCGAAAUGCCAAAUUUCAGAAGUGCUGAAGUGCUUUGGAUUUCUGUAAAGUGGCAAAACAGGAGAGGGAGGGAAAAUUAAGGGAAUGAUGACAGGAAUCUACCCCUAGGUUUAGGGGUAGGGUUAGGUGUUUAUUGUCCUGUCACUAUUCCCUUAAUUUUCCCUCCCUCUCCUGUUUUGCCACUUUUCAGAAAUCCAAAGCACUUCGGCACUUCUGAAAUUUGGCAAUUCGGCAAUUCGGUUCGGCACUUCCGAAAUUCGGACAUUCGGCAAUUCGGACAUUCAGAAGCAUCCAAAUGUCCGAAUUGCUGAAAUUCAUCCGAAUUUAAAUUCGGACCGAAACAAAUUGCACAUGUCUAGUGUUUAGUUUAAAAGUUUUUAUCUCCUGCUCUGUUAAUUGACCUUUAAUCGCAUACAGGAGGCUACUGCAGACUUCAGCAAGCUGUUAACAGUGCUUGAGAUAUGCAACUGUAAACAAAACACACUUUGCAAUAAAGUAAGUUUAAACAUUAGAUCUCGCUUUACAGGAAAUGUGGAGGAAGACUGUGUAACUCACAUGCAGGGAGGUGUGACUAGGAUGGCAUAAACAAAGUGAUUUUUUUACUAGCCUACUUAAUUAUGCAUUUUAAAAAUGUAAAAUGUAAUCACAGUCUAAAUAGUCCAGUGCCGCAGAUUAUGCUAAUGUUUUUAUACAUAAGCAACUGUAUUAACUGAUAUCUCCAGAGCUAAUCAGGUCAGCAUUGAGGACAUGGAUAGAAAUUAUAAUUUUUCAGGUUUCAGAGUGAAGCUUUGUCAUUUUGUUUUGUGCCAACGAGGAGAACAGUACAUCAUAAAACUUCAGAAGGGGUUAAGCCUGGUUGCUUAGCAACACAGUGAGCUCUCAGUAUCAACUCUGCCAAAUGAUUCAAUAAAAAAAUCUAAAUUAUAUUUGAUAAAUAUUUUAAGGCUGGAGAGGGGAUUAAUAUUGCUUUGCAUGAAUAAAAAUGAGAAAUAAACCAGAUAAUUGAAUCUUGUGUUUGAAGGGAUUGAGGGUAAAUGCACCAUAAAGUACAUAUAAACAUAAAAUUAAUAAUUAAAAUAAUCAGUUAUUGGGGCAUUAUUAAGCAUUUGAUGAUGCAAUAAGCCUUGUGUGGUGAAAGUACUCCAUUUUAAAGGAAAACUAUUGGUGUAAUGGCUCUUAAGCAUAAAUGCAAAGGUUUGGCCUGCAGUUGUGGGAGGGGCAUGUUACCCUACUUAAACCCCCCUACUCACCUUCUUCCAUCCCGUACGUGCUUUUAGCGAUUCGCAUGUCCCCACCCUCCACUCCCUCUAUCUAUACUUUUCAUUACACCUCAAGGGUGGGCCCUCUUUUAUCACAGGCCUACCGCGACGUCCGUUCCGGCACACCUCAACCGACUUAUCUCUCCCUAUACUAUGCUACUCUUUGUAUGCUUCCUUUACGGCCUUAUUUGCCCCUCACACAAACAAUGUUUUGCAAACAGAUGCUUUUUUGUUUAGUUUUUUUUGGUACCAUAACAUUCCUUUCCAGGAGGGUAGGUGUUUCUUUCAGUGGCAGAACGAACAUAGAGAGGACCCUGAUGCAAUAAUUUUCUGUUGCCCCGACCCACCCAUCACAAGGGGUCAGAAAAGGUAGUGCUAAAUACAACCUUGCAAGGAUGAGCAAAUGGGGUCUUCCAUUUGCACAUCCUUGUGUUUGUGUAUUUAGCACUGAGUAGUGUUUGUGUGUUUGAAUGUUCGGCUGUUUACCACAAUAAAUUAAAAUUAUAGUUAAAUAGUAAAUAUUUGCUUAAAGUCUAUAGGCUUUAAUCUAAGGUUAUUUACAUCCAAAUUGGAAAAAAGUAUUAGGACAGGGAUCGGCAACCUAUGGCACAUGUGCCAUGAUGGCACUCCAGGUGCCUUUGCAUGGCACUCAAGGCUGACAGAGCCUACCAAGCUCUGUCUAUCAGGAGUCCUAGUAGUACUACAGACAUCUGCUAGUGCAACUCGAGCGGUGAUUGCAGGUGGUGAAGGAGAAUCUUCAAUUUCCACAUUGCACUUCCUCCCCGCACUUGUGAACAGGAAUCUGCACUGGAGUAGAGCAGCCCACAGCAGCUAUUGCCAUUUGUGCCCUUGACCUGUAUCUGAAUUCUGAAGUGUAUCUGGAUAUAUUAUCUGCUCAGAUUCAGCCAAAUACAGCAAAGAUGAUUGAACAAAGCUUCACUUUACAGAUGGACAAUGAGCCAUACUGUGAAAGAAGCUUAGGAGUUUUUUUAACCCCUUAAGGACACAUGACGGAAAUAUUCAUCAUGUAAUUGUAACAAGACAACUGGAUGUACAGGAACAGAGAAGUGGAGAGCACUGCUCAAUGAGCUUACAUUCUAAAGGGAGUGGGGGUAUAGACACAAAGGGUAAAAGUAGGGGCAUGAAGUAGGUUGUCAGAAAAGUAUUCACUGAGGGCUUAGUAGGUAAUUUUGACAGUUGCAGGAAAGGAGUUAUGGUGGGUGGGGGAUAAAAACCUGCUAACAGUUUAAUUGGUAUGCUUUCUUGAAGAAGUGAGAUUUCAGUGAUUUUUUGAAUGAGUAGAGACUGGGUGAAAGUCUUACGGAGAAGGGAAGGGCAUUCCACAGAGUAGGUGCAGCCCUGGAGAAAUCUUGGAGGCGAACAUUAGAGGUGGGAGUAUGGACAGAUGAUAUACGCAAGUCUUUGGCAGAGCAUAGGGGCCUCGACAGGACAUACUUGUGUAUUAGGGAGGAUAGGUAGGUUGGAGCAGCAUUAUGUAGGGACUUGUAAGCAAGCAGCAGGAUUUUAAAUUGAGCCCUAUAUCUAACUGGAAGCCAAUGCAGGGACUGACAGAGAGGGGAGGCAUGGGAGGUGCGAGUGGACAGGAAAAUGAGUCUCGCCACUGCAUUCAUUAUAGAUUGCAGCGGUGCAAUCUGUGAACACGUGAGACCACUGAGAAGGGGAUUGCAGUAGUCAAGGUGAGAGAGAACAACAGCAUGGACCAGCACCUUAUCUGCAUCUGUCGUUAAAUAAUGGUGGAUAUGCGCUAUGUUUUUUAGAUGGAAGUGACAGGAUUUGGCGAUUGAUUAGACAUUAGGGGUGAAGGAGAGGUAGGAGUCGAAAAGAAGGUAGAGGUGAUGGUAGUGCCAUUGACUUGGAGGGAGACAGACACGGGAGUGUUAACGCUUGCGGGAGGAAAGACCAAAAGUUCUGUUUUGGACAGGUUAAGUUUUAGGAAGUGAGCAGCCAUCCAGUUGGAAAUCGCAGAGAGGCAGUCAGAGACACGAGUCAAGGUGGGCGGAGAGAUAUCAGGAGUGGACAGGUAGAUUUGUGUGUCAUCUGCAUAGAAAUUAUAACGGAAGCCAAAGGAGCUGAUGAGUUUACCAAGGGAGGAGGUAUAGGUAGAGAACAGUAAGGGACCAAGGACAGAACCUUGGGGAACCCCGACAGAGAGUGGUUGGGGGGAAUAGGCACAGUCAGAGAAAGAAACACAGAAAGAGCGCUGGGAGAGGUAGGAGGAGCACCAGGAGGGAGCAGUAUCCCGUAGACCAAAAUUAUGGAGAAUGCGGAGAAGCUGUUGAUGGUCAACAGUGUCAAAGGCAGCAGAAAGAUCAAGGAGAAUUAGGAUAGAGUAAUGGCCACGAUAUUUAGCAGAAAUUAAAUCGUUGGAUACUUUGGUCACAGCCGUUUCAACAGAAUGACCAGCGCGGAAUCCAGACUGAAGAGGGUCAAGCAGAGAGUUGAAUUCGAGAAAGUCAGUCAGUUUGGUGUACACAACUCUCUUGAGGAUCUUGGAGGCAAAUGGCAGUAGCUAGAUAGGGCGGUAGUUGGAUGGGAAGCUGGGGUCAAAACAGAGCCAAAAUUCUGAACAUUGUGUCAGUGUAAAACUAUUUCCAGACCUAAUUUCUUACGCAUAUUGCAUGAAAAUGGUGCUCUGCUUAAUAAUGUGGAACAACCUCCUUUAGUAGUUUUUCCUUAAAUUGGGCUCACCUGGCAAUCUAAUUAUCACAGGUGUCCGAGAUUGUUUUCAGUGAUCAAAAGAGCCCUGAGACACAAUGCCAUCCAUGAGUUAAACUGAAAAACAAAAUAUUUCAUCUUUGUGACACUUAAAUAGAAUUUGCAUAAUAAUUUGGAACAGGGUGUAGAUGCACAGACAUAAAGAUACAAACAAUAACAUACACAGAUACAGACACACAGAUUCACACACUGACACACAAACAGAUACACAGACACAAAUACAAACACUGAUACACAUGCAGAUACAGAGACACACAUAAACACUGACACAAAUACAGACACACAGAUAGAAACCCUGCCACACAUACUGAUACACAGACACAUAGAUGCAAACACUGACAGGCGUACAGCUACACACACUGACAAAGAUACACAGAUACAAACAUUGAUACAUAUACAGACACAUAAAAACACAAUGAGACACAUACAGAUAGACACACAGAUACAAUCACUGACAUACAUGUUGUUCGCCUAUUUAUUCGACAAGGAUCACUCAUCUGUGAAUUGCUAGUGUAGGUUAUAUUUCAGUAAGUGCAAAUGGCUAACAAGGCCAGUCCUUGUAUGGAAGAUCCAAUGACAGAUGGAACAACAGCCGAGGAGGACAUCUCUAACAAGGUUUUCUAGCUUGCCUGUUUUGCUCUGCUGCAGCCAUCCUUUUGACCUCACGUGAUUCGGACCAUUUUGAUAAGAGUUGUGCUCUGUUCCCAAGAGUCAGAAUUGAUGUCAAAUACCUUCAGGGCGACUUUGAGAAUGUCUUUAAGCCGCUUCUUUUGACCUACCUAGGACCACUGUCCUUGCCACAGCUCACAAUAAAAAAUUAUCUUUCUCUUUGGUAGCUGAUGAUCUGACAUAUGGACUACAUGCCCUGACCUGCAUAACUGUGACUACAUCAAGAUGAUAAAGAUCUUGAUACACUAAAAAAACUUUGUGUGGGAGAUAGAAGAUUGAACCUUGGCAGGCAUUUUGUCAUUGAUCCUAGUGUGAGACUACCUUGCCAAUAUCUGCUUGUUAAAAGUUUAUUGUUUUCAUGUUUGUUAAUUAAAACAAAGAGAACAUUACAUGCGCUCUGGCCUAAAUCCCCAUGUACAUUUAAACAAAAUGGAGGCUCUUUACUUUUAUUCCAAUGUCCAUUUGAAUAUAUAAGCUCACCUGCCACGUCAAGGCAAACCUCAAUAGGUGAGUCCUACACUAGCCAUUAGAUAUGCUGAUAUCAGCCAAGAAUCUCCAGUGAGACAGGAAGGGGUAUUUUAUAAACCCUUUCCCAUUUAACCCUUUAUAGGGCUUCUACACAUACAAUAAACUUUGCUGGCAUCAGAUAAAGUGUAAACAUCUCUAAUGAGACAUGAAGGGGUGUUUUAUAAACCCCUACAUACUUAACCCUGAAUAGGGAUAUAACACAUACAAAUCACCUUGCUGGUAUCAGCUAAAAGGCAAAUCUCUCUGAUGAGACAGGAAGGGGUGCUGCCCCUACAUACUUAUAAACUCUUAAUAAGACAAACAUGGGGAGGCUGGCAGCAAUGUAACAUAGCUGUGUGAUACAAAAUUCAUAUACAAACACAAAGAUAAAGCACCAUGCUUAUAGCAGCAGUAGCUUAGUAUCCAACAGCUUAAAAUACAUAGUAAAAACAAAGAGAACGUUACCUGCGCUCUGGCCUAAAUCCCCAUGUACAUUUAAACAAAAUGGAGGCUCUUUAGCUUUAUUCCAAUGGCCAUUUGAAUAUAUAAGCUCACCUGCCACGUCAAGGCAAGCCUCAAUAGGUGAGUUCCUACACUUGCCAUUAGAUAUGCUGAUAUCAGCCAAGAAUCUCCAGUACGCCAGAAAGGGGUAUUUUAUAAACCCUUUCACAUUUAACCCUUUAUAGGGCUUCUACACAUACAAUAAACUUUGCUGCUAUCAGCAUAUCUAAUGGCUAGUGUAGGAACUCACCUAUUGAGGCUUGCCUUGACGUGGCAGGUGAGCUUAUAUAUUCAAAUGGCCAUUGGAAUAAAACUAAAGAGCCUCCAUUUUGUUUAAAUGUACAUGCAGGGCCGGCGCUUCCUAUAAGGCGAACUAGGCACCCGCCUAGGUCGCCAUAAAGGAGGGGGCGCCCUGCGCUCCCAUCGCCGGCCAGUUAAAUGCUACAGCCACCUGAGCGCUCUAUAGAGAGAGCUCAGGUGGCUGCAGCACUGCCUCUUUCCUCACCUCCCCUUCCUGUAACGUGGCCGAGCUCCUCUCCGGUCCGUGACCCGGCCAGACUGAUAGGAAGUGCAGACAGAAACUCCUGUACUGCGGACCGGAGAGGAGCUCGGCCACGCUACAGGGAAGGUGAGGUGAGGUUAGGAGGAGAACACGAUUAGGGAAGGGGAGUAAGAAGAUUAGGAAGGGGAGUAAGAAGAAUGGGGAAGGGGAGUAAGAAAGAAUGGGGAAGGGAGUAAGAAGAAAACAGGGGAGGGAGGAGUAAGAAGAAGAGGGAAGGAAGGGGAGUAAGAAGAAAAUGGGGGAGGGGGCUAAGAAGAAAACAGGGGGGAGUAAGAAGAAGAGGGGAGGAGGGGGAGUAAGAAGAAGGGGGGAGGGAGAGUAAGAAAAAGGGGGGAGGGCGAGAAGGAGUAAGAAGAAGAUGAGGGGGAGUAAGAAACACACAAUACAUCCCUUAUACACAAACACACACUUCUUCCAAUACACACAAACACACUGCAUUACCUACACAAACUGGUAUCCCUAUACACUACAUUCCAUAAGCACACACAUUAGAUCCUCUACAAUAACACAUAACACAUCCCCUACACACUCCACUCCCUGUGAGCGAACUCGUGGGUGGAACAUAUAGGUGGACUUAUGGGUGGGCCUUAUGGGCAUACUCACCGUCAGGCCCUGGGGCCCAGACCUUGAGCUGUGUAAGGGGCCUCAAAAAAUAGAGCUGCUUCCCGUUCUCCCAAAACAUUGAAUUUUGUGACCACAGUUACAAACAGCCUCCAGAGAUCCAGUUCUACACCAGACCAGUGGAGCCAAACUGCAGCGAGAACUCAUCAUCAUCCUCAUCUGGUUGUAAGUAGGCAAUCUAGUAUAUUAUUAGUGACACUAAUCUCUAAUUUAACAUUAAAGGGACACUAUAGUCCCCAGAACCACUGCAGCUUAAUGAAGUGGCUCUGGUGUCUAUAGCCUGUCCCUGCAGGCUUUUUCAUGUAAACACACACUGUGUGCAGCACAGGCGUUAAUUCAUAUGGCAGAUCAUAUGGGUUGGGCAUUGUGAUGUCACCUGGGGGCGGCAAAUUUUUAUUUUGCCUAGGGCGGCAAAAAUCCUUGCACCAGCCCUGUGUACAUGGGGAUUUAGGCCAGAGCGCAGGUAACGUUCUCUUUGUUUUUACUAUGUAUUUUAAGCUGCUGCUGUAAGCAUGGUGCUUUAUCUUUGUAUAUGAAUUUUGUAUCACACAGCUAUGUUACAUUGCUGCCAGCCUCCCCACGUUUGUCUUAUUAAGAGUUUAUAAGUAUGUAGGGGCAGCACCCCUUCCUGUCUCAUCAGAGAAAUUUGCCUUUUAGCUGAUAACAGCAAAGUUUAUUGUAUGUGUAGAAGCCCUAUAAAGGGUUAAAUGUGAAAGGGUUUAUAAAAUACCCCUUCCUGUCUCAUUAGAGAUGUUUACACUUUGUCUGAUACCAGCAAAGUUUAUUGUAUGUGUAGAAGCCCUUUAAAGGGUUAAAUGUGAAAGGGUUUAUAAAAUACCCCUUCCUGUCUCAUUAGAGAUGUUUACACUUUGUCUGAUACCAGCAAAGUUUAUUGUAUAUGUAGAAGCCCUGUAAAGGGUUAAAUGGGAAAGGGUUUAUAAAAUACCCUUCCUGUCUUACUGGAGAUUCUUGGCUGAUAUCAGCAUAUCUAAUGGCUAGUGUAGGAACUCACUUAUUGAGGCUUGCCUUGACGUGGCAAGUGAGCUUAUAUAUUCAAAUGGCCAUUGGAAUAAAACUAAAGAGCCUCCAUUUUGUUUAAAUGUACAUGGGGAUUUAGGUCAGAGCGCAGGUAACGUUCUCUUUGUUUUUACUAUGUAUUUUAAGCUGUUGGAUACUAAGCUACUGCUGCUGUAAGCGCGGUGCUUUAUCUUUGGGUUCAUGUUUGUUAAUUGUCUGGAGAAAGAAAAUCCUAUUUUAAUUAUGUUUUCUAACUACGUUCAACCCAGUAUACCCCGCAAGUAUGGGAGCAUUGUGCAGUGUUCCUUAACAUCAAACACAAUAGCAUUACAGCAGUAAAUCCACCAAGCACUAACCCAUUUUCUGAAUAAUGUUGUGUUACUUUACACAACAGACAAUCAUUCAUCUACCUUAUCUCAUUGUAAUAAGAAACACAAGCCCAUCAUCAUCAAUGUUACGUAUUAACCCCCAAGCCAAGCCAAAAUUGAGGAAGGGUAAGGGAAGAAGUCCUGUUCCCCAGUCUACACUCAGCUCUAGUGCCUUGGCUUCUGAGAUUUGGAAUAUCUCUUUCUGGGCCAUGAGGACUGAGCAACCACAGCCUCAGGAAAUUUGAAUUAGCAUCAUGACCGUUAUAUUUGAUUUAAUGCAUAAGAGGCAAUUGUUUAUUUUCCCCAUCAUUUUCAUGAUGCAACAAUGUCUUCCCAAUCCCUGCAGAUAUGGCACUUUUACCUCUGGCCCAGGAGUCACUCCCUUAUGAGUAUCAUAAGCCAGAGGAAUUAGAAGAGGAGAGUCUGGAGAGGACAGACAGUAGCCCAGUAUUUUCUGAAUCAUCUCAGAAUCAUUCUCAGAAUCAUCUCAUCCAAUGAAGACAGCCGAGACAUCAGCUGCAUAUGCUACAACUGGCAAGGAACUCACUCACUAUCAAUGUUACCAGCAACACCACCACCACCACCACCAUCAACAUCACCAGUACCGGCACCAUCAACAUUUCCUUUAGCAUUCAACAACCAAGUGUGAGUGUACAAUACAGGCUAGUGUUGCGACAGCUGGUGUUAUCACCAAUGCAAUUUCAAAAAAUGAAAGAGAAGAGUAAUUAGCAAUCGAUGAUUCACUCAACGGAUCCACCCUUUCAUGUUUUGAAAGAUCCCUUUUUUUUCCAAUUAAAUGGCUGCUGCUAGAGAUCUGAAGAAGCUCAUGGCAGCCCAAACAACUACCCAAUAUGACAAGAUUACAUUAGAAACAUGGUGCAAUAUUGUCAGAGACAAUGUGACAUGAAGUUACUAUGUAAUUUAUGAUAGGAUGAACCUGGAGUUUUAGUACCAUUGCUUCUUCUCUUCUAUAAUAACCUAUAUUCACUGAAUUUUACGUAAGAAACAGGCUAUCCUAGGCCCCGCUAAUCACUAAGACUGUCGCCUGUAAUUUUUCAAAACACAAUUUUUACAGAAAUAGUUUAAACUAUGCAACUGAUAAGUUUCUAACACUAUGUGUGGUCAAUGAAUUCUUGAUUUUGUUUUGAUUUUAUGGUUUGAUAACAAAUUUUAAAUUGUCACUGCAGUUGUUCUGCCCUGCCUGGCUGAGUCUUUGGGUCAGUUGGGAUGGAUUUUAGAUUAAUCGGGUUAGGGGGCUGGUGUCGUGAGUGGCCCUCAUGGGAGCCUCUCCGAGUACAUUGAGGGAUCCUCUUGGGUUUGGGCCCACUCUCCAGCGGCUCCAGGAUCCAAUCAGGAACCUCUAUCGGCGGCAUCUCCAGGUGUUGUAAGAAACGUGGGAUCUCCUCUGGCCAUCAUGCUGCAACCCACUCAUUGCAGUAUUUCACCUGGAUGCUGAACGGGAAACCCCACUUAUAGGGGAUAUUCUUUUCCUGCAAGGCGGUUGUCACUGGUCUGAGCGUCCAUCAUGCCUCCAAUGUAACAGGUGAGAGGUCGUUUUAGAUGGCAACGUCAGCUCCCUGGGAUCUCCAUACGGCUCACGUCCUGGCCUUUUGCAUGAUUCUUUCCGUUAGUUGAAAAGAGUGGAGACAGCAUAUUAGGUCGCAGAGGUCAACUUCCCAGAUCUUAGGCCUUAAGGCCUGAUGGGCUCUCUCAAAGUGCAUAUCCGCAGGGCCAUCAUCGCCAAGUAUCAGGUGGAAAAUCCCAGACAGGACCUCCUCCACAUUCUCCUCUCCAUCUGGCUCAGGUACCCCUUGGACCCUAAUGUUGGAGCGGCGACUCCGAUUGACGAGGUCCUCUACCUGGUGGCACAGGGCUAGUAUCAUGCUACCCUGUCUUGCAAUGCCCAUGUCGGAGGAAACGGUCUGGUGCUGUGAGUUGCACCAGGUGUGCUUCAGCUGGAACACUUGGAAUACCUGAACUGGCUAAGGGUUUGUUGAGUGUCAUGCUUGAAAUAUGGCUAAGUCAAAAGAAUGGUCCAUAAAGUUAAGAGAAGAGAUCAUCGCUCUUCACAAACAAGGAACAGGAUACAAAAAGAAAGCAAAGGUACUGAAUGUUCAUAGAGACAGCAUUUGAAGUAUAGUUUGCAAGUUUAAAGUUAAAGGUACAGUGGUUACACUAGCUAUAGGGGCAGAAGUAGGAAGCUAUCAAUGGCUGCAACCAGAUUUCUGAAAAGGCAGGUUAUGAAAAACUAUUGAGUGACUGCAAAGGACCUGCAGCAACACUUCGUGGCAACAGGCACCAAGAUUUCAGUGAUCACAGUAAGGCGCGUACUGGAGGCCUCAAUGCCAGAACUACAAGACGUACAUCACUACUGACCCAAAAGCACAAGAAAAGCUAUGUUCUAUAUGCUCAAAACAUAUAAAUAAGCCACAGAAGUUUGGGAAAACUGCCCAAACUGGAACUUUUUGGCCCAAUGGAAAUGCUGAAAAGAACUCUCUACCUACAGUUAAGCGUAGUGGUGGAUCGGUGAUUCUCUGGGGCUGCUUUGCAUCCACUGGGACUUCAAACCUGCAGUGUGUGGAAGGCAAGAUGGAUUAAUUGAAGUAUCAGGAAAUCCUAGGAGAAAAUGUCAUGACGUCUGUGAGUAAGCUGAAGCCUGGGCGUCAUUGGACCUUCCAACAAAAAUAUGAUCCCAAGCAUACCUCACAUUUCACCAAGGCUUGGUUGCAGAAUAAGUCCUAAAAGAUUCUACAGUAGCUAUAACAGUCACCUGACUUGAACACCAUAGAAAAUCUCUGGUGGGAUUUGAAGAAGGCGGUUGCAUCACACAAACCCAAGAAUAUUACUGAACUGGAGGCCAUUUCUUGUAAACAAUGGGCUAAGAUUCCUCAGGAAUGCUGCCAGAAGCUGGUGUCUGUCUAUGCAUCUGGUUUGCAGCAAGGGCAGGUGAGUACAUAAGGCGGCACAGGCGGCCGCCUUAUGGCGCACCAGCUCUGGGGACGCAAGAUUCCAGUGACCGGCAGGAGGUGAGCGCUCCUUCCUACCAGGCCACCUUCUGUACCCCCCGGAAUGCGGCUGUAUUGGCACCCGUGGUAGUGAGGUAGCUCUGAUCUCCCUGCUCUGCUCCCUCACGCGCCAUUUGCUGAUGCCUCGGGAGCUGGAACAUGAUAUCAUUCCGGCUCCCGCCAUCAGCAGACAGCCUGCUUGGCACAAGGCAGCAGAGCAGGGAGAUCACAGCUCCCUUGCCGCCUCAGAUGCCAUCACAGCCACCCGUCUCACAGCAGCCCCCAUGGACCCCCAACGACAGACCCACGCCAGCUCUACAGGUAUGGAGGCUGGGUGGAAUAUUUUUAAUUAUAAUAUUAAUAAUUAGUGAGUGUGUGUGUGUGUUUGUGAGUGAGAGUAUCUGUGAGUGUAUGUGUGUGCAUGAGUGUCUGUCAAUGUGUAUGUGUCUGUCAGUGUGUGUUUGUGAGUGUCAGUCAAAUCAGUGAUAGUCUGUUUGUCCUUGAAUCUGUGUGUCUGUCAGUGUGUCUAUCAAUGAGUCUGUCAGUGUGCAUCUAUGUGUCUGUCAAUGAAUGAGUGGGUGUCAGAUCAGUAAGUCUGUGUCUGUCAGUGACGUCUGUGUGUUUGUCACUGAGUGUGUGUGUGUGACUGUCAGUGCGUACCUGCCAGUGAGUGUCUGUUGGGGAAUGUGUGUGUGUCAAAUCAGUGAGUCUGUGUCUGUCAGUGACGUCUGUGUGUUUGUCAUUGAGUGUGUGUGACUGUCAGUGUGUAUACAGCACUGAGUGUAGCGUGGCCGAGCGGAGCGGGCUGCGGUACAGGAGCUUCUGAUUCCUGUACCUGGCCAGUCUGACAGGAAGUGCUCACUGAGAGAGCACUUCCUAUCAGUCCGGCCAGGUACAGGAAACUGAAGCUCCUGUACCGGGAUCAUAUUUCCGUAUGGACAAACUCACAAAACAGAGUGACUGUGUGCCACUCAAACAGCAGAGCACCAAGAGGAUCAAAUCCUGCAGAUUGUUGGAUUUCAAAAUAAAACAGUUGAUAUCAAUCCUCUCUAUAUAUUAUAGAAUCGCCAGAAUCCGGGUAGCAACAAACUUUAUGUCAAACCAAAAUAUAUCAAGAAAACACCAAGUGGAGGGUAUACAUUAUUCUGCAAAGUAAAUAAGUCCUCAAUCUAACAAGUCUAAAGUAACAAAGUAGCAAAGCUGCUCUGUUUUUUGGGAUAAUUUGCCUGCUAUUAUGAAUCCAAUGCAGAUGUCUAUGUUUAUAGAACAAUAUACCUCUAACUGAUAUGGGAUGAAUUUGAAUUUAUUUUAUUUAUCUGGUUUGUGUACUGAGAUGUUUAAAGAUGAAAUUUCAAAAUAAAACAGUUGAUAUCAAUCCUCUCUAUAUAUUAUAGAAUCGCCAGAAUCCGGGUAGCAACAAACUUUAUGUCAAACCAAAAUAUAUCAAGAAAACACCAAGUGGAGGGUAUACAUUAUUCUGCAAAGUAAAUAAGUCCUCAAUCUAACAAGUCUAAAGUAACAAAGUAGCAAAGCUGCUCUGUUUUUUGGGAUAAUUUGCCUGCUAUUAUGAAUCCAAUGCAGAUGUCUAUGUUUAUAGAACAAUAUACCUCUAACUGAUAUGGGAUGAAUUUGAAUUUAUUUUAUUUAUCUGGUUUGUGUACUGAGAUGUUUAAAGAUGAAAAUACUUUUAUAUCCCUAAAUAGAAUAAAGUUUUAUUGUAUUAUGACUUCAUUGUGUAAAUGCAGGAUAUAGUUAAUUCACUAACGGAAGAUCAAUGUAUUUAUAGUACCUACAUAGGAUGACAGACACACCUGAGGAAGCCCAAGGAGGAAGGGCGAAACUAGUUGUGACGUCAGUCUCUGGCAGCAUGAGAGGGUCUGUCCAUUUGAUGCCGUGGAGAUAGACGUCAUAGCUAGUAUUAAUGAUUUCCCAUAUUUUGAUAACCCGCAGUACUGUUGGUUUACCACCUUCCUUUUCAGGGAGUAAACCUUCAGCUUCAGUUAAAGAGACACUAUAGUCACCAAAAAAACUACAGCUUAUUGUAUUUGUUCUGGUGAAUAUAAUCAUUCCCUUCAGGCUUUUUUCAAUAAACACUGUCUUUUCAGAGAAAAUGCAGUGUUUACAUUACAGCCUCUCAAGAAACCCUUUCAAGAAACCCUUUCUUGGAAACCAACCAACCCUGUCUGUUUCAAUCCUCAUUUUUUUUUUUCUUAUACAAAGAGAGAUACGGGGAUGAGAAAAAAAAAUAAGAGAAACAUUUGGAGAUCUACGAAUCUCUUUGUUGGAAAAGCAUGUUUCAUAUUCUUGUUGACCAGCGUGUCUCACCACCUUUUCAUUUGGUUUCUUGAAUUUUUCAAAUUUAAUUUAAUUUUUUUUUUAUAAAAGAAGAGAUCCAGGGAUCUUAAAGGACCACUAUAGGCACCCAGACCACUUCAGCUUAAUUCACUAUAGGCACCCAGACCACUUCAGCUUAAGGUCCAUCUAGGAUUAACCCUUUCUGCUGUAAACAUAGCAGUUUCAGAGAAACUGCUAUGUUUACCUAUGGGUUAAUCGAGCCUCUAGUGGCUGUCUCAUUGACAGCCGCUAGAGGCGCUUACGUGCUUCUCACUGUGAUUUUCACAGUGAGAGGAUGCCAGCGUCCAUAGGAAAGCAUUGAGAAUGCUUUCCUAUGAGACUGGCUGAAUGCGCAUCUUGCCGGGCAUGCGCAUUCAGAUGAUGACGGGGAGAGUAGGAGGAGGGGCCCCACCGCCGAGGGAGCCCGGCGCUGGAGAAAAGGUAAGAUUUAACCCCUUCCUCACCAUCCAGCCUGGCGGGAGGGAGUCCCUGAGGGUGCGGGCACCCUCAGGGCACUAUAGUGGUCCUUUAACCCCUUAAGGACACAUGACAUGUGUGACAUGUCAUGAUUCCCUUUUAUUCCAGAAGUUUGGUCCUUAAGGGGUUUAAGAGAUACUGUCUUUAUGAAAGAAGGAAACGUAUUACUAUUUUUUUAAUUAAUACUAAAGGAAGCUCUUUUUGUUUGCCAGGAUGAGACACAAACUUCACACAUUCAUUAUUACUAUUAUUAAUAUUAUUCCUGGGGGUUAAUGUGUUGUUGUUAUGCAGUAUUAGUCCAGGUAUAGGAUACAAUGACCCUUGGUGAUGAUGGAGAGGUUAGUUAGGGACACUAUGUAUGAUCUCUCCUCGGUACCGGCACCCCGUGCUCAAUAUAAUAAUAAUAACAACAAUAAUAUAUAAUAAUAAUAUAACAAUAAUAAUAUUAUAAUAAUAUAACAAUAAUACUAUUAUAAUAAUAAUAUAAUAACAAUAAUAUAUAAUAAUAUAAUAAUAAUAUCCUGCUCUCUGGAUAUUGUCUGGCUGUCAAUCAGUGACUCCCCCCUCCCCCCCAGCUCUAUGCAGUAAUCACCCCUGGCAACCGGCAGCAGCAAGGAGCGCGGGCGGUGACGUCAUCGAGGCGCGCCGCCGACGCUACAAAUCCCAGACAAUAGCCGCGCUCCCGCCAGCCCCCACCCCCUCCCCCUGCGUCCUGUUCGGUCAGCCGCCCAGUGCGCGCCGCCUAUACAGAGCCCGGGAUUGCGAGGACACGGUAAGUGAUCCCUCACCCUCCCUCCCCCCCGUAAUACGGAUUGGAAUGUGGGGUUACGGGGGAGGGGGGGGUGGGGGUGGCGCAGGCUGAUGACGCAGCCGGGUAGUUCGCGCAGCCGGGUGACGGGGGGAGGAGGAAGGAGGGGUCACGUGACGGCGCCCGCUGCUGGAGCUGCUUUGUGAGGCGCAUUGUGCUGCAGGUGAGACGGGCCGGCCGGUCCGGGGCGAUACCCCCACCUCCCUCCCGGGGUAUUGGGGCAGCGGGGGCGGGCGGUAACCGCGGAUUAACCCGUCAUACCCCGCGGCCUUAAUAGUAAGGGAUCGGGAUAGAGCGGGGGGGCGCACGAGGCCGGGCGGGGGGCAGGCUGGGGCCUAGUCUGACCGGUGGGGGAGGGGGGGAAGAGAGAGGCCGCGGUGUGCCGCAGUAACCCGCUAGCCGGGACCCGGCCUUCUAUGGGCAGCAGCAGCCUUGUAAAUCCCCAGCCUCGGCUUACAGCACCGGGGGAGGGGGAGGGGGGGGUCACUGCUCCAUCCUGUUACAUCACUUAAUGAAGAACCAGUUAUAUCCCUCAAUGUGAGACCCCCACAACGUUAUAUAUCCCUCAAUGUGAGACCCCCACAACGUUAUAUAUCCCUCAAUGAGACCCCCACAACGUUAUAUAUCCCUUAAUGUGAGACCCCCACAACGUUAUAUAUCCCUUAAUGUGAGACCCCCACAACGUUAUAUAUCCCUCAAUGUGAGACCCCCACAACGUUAUAUAUCCCUCAAUGUGAGACCCCCACAACGUUAUAUAUCCCUCAAUGUGAGACCCCCACAACGUUAUAUAUCCCUUAAUGUGAGACCCCCACAACGUUAUAUAUCCCUUAAUGUGAGACCCCCACAACGUUAUAUAUCCCUCAAUGUGAGACCCCCACAACGUUAUAUAUCCCUCAAUGUGAGACCCCCACACGUUAUAUAUCCCUCAAUGUGAGACCCCCACAACGUUAUAUAUCCCUUAUAUGAGACCCCCACAACGUUAUAUAUCCCUCAGUGUGAGACCCCCGACGUUAUAUAUCCCUCAGUGUGAGACCCCCGCGACGUUAUAUAUCCCUCAGUGUGAGACCCCACUACUUUUUAUAUUAGUCUCACAUCAGAUAAUGGGAGACCUCUCCCCCCACCCAAGAUUUAGCAUCAGUUAAUGUGAGACCCUACAACAUUUUAUCCGUUAAUGAGACACAUACACACUUUACAUCCGUUAAUGGGAGAUCCGCAGUGACAGAAUUCCCAGGCUCCGCCUCCUAAUUUUUACAUCCAUUUAUGUUAGACCCCUACAUUUAACAGCAGCAGUGGCAAAACUCUCAGACCCCAUACUCUAAUUUCACAUCAGCAGUGAGAAAGAUUAAUACAUGCCAUUUUAAUCUUUAAAAAAAUGUUGACAAAAUUAUCUGUCGCAAAUUCCCUAGGUCGCUUUAUUUUAUAAAACCAGUCUCAAAGACCUGAGACCACUUCAUUUUAAAUCAACAGUCCCUGAGACCGCUUCGUUUUACAUAAAUCACCCAUCUCACGACCUGAGACUGCUUCAUUUUUCACAAAUUAGUGGUUACAAAGUCCUGAGACCGCAUCAUUAAAUCACCGGUCCAAAAGUCCUGAGACUAGAGAUGUCGCGAACUUCCCGCAAACGGUUCGUGGCGAACUCCGGUCACCUGACACAUCCCGGCCAAUCUCCAGCAGACCCUCCUACUUCCUGUCCAGGCGGUGGGAGGGAGGGUCUGCUGGAGAUUGGCAGGGAUGUGUCAGCUGACCGGAGUUCGCGACAUCUCUACCUGAGACCACAUCAUUAUUAAAUCACCUGUCCAAAAGUCCUGAGACCGCUUAAUUUUACAUAUAUCAGCAGUCUCUGUGGUUCCAAUGACCAGAGACAUUUCAUUUUACUGGUAUAUCAACCAUGCCAAUGGUCUGAGAGUCCCUCUUUUAAAUCUGUAGUGCCAAUGGUCUGAGCCUCCACUCAUCCAAAUCGACUGACAUUAGGAUUUCAAUGCAGUAAAUGUUUGAAUUCCUUCAGCCCUGAUACUAUUGUGUUUUAAACUUCAAUGUCACCGUCUGGGGACUUUGUUGAAUUAAAGGUGAGAUUUACUUACCUGAACCCGUCCCUCGCUGCCAUUUUUCUCUGGCUGGUCCGCUUCAGCAUGCGCAAGAGUACAGCAUAUGAGUCCGGAAGACCCUGGGAUCCUCCAUAAACAGAGCUAACUCCCUGCAGCGGUUACUGGUAACGGCUGUCCGGAUUGACUCUGUAGCACCGUGUCUAAGAAAGGCAGACGGAGGAAAUUUGCAGAGACAAAUAGUUUUGAGAUGUCUCAUCUUGCAGCCUUAUGCCUCGAACUAUGGUACAUAAUGUGGAUCUAUGCCAAAUAAGGUUACUCGAACCACUAUGACCAAUUCAGUGCUUCUUAUUUAGAAGCAUUGGGAAACUUUGGUCAUGCACAGCUACUCUCUGCCUAACUGCUUUUCAUUGAAAAGCAUAGCUUUCAAUAACUUGGAAUGUGAGGUGAGGCUAGUAAACCCUUGUGGCUCAGAGUGCUCAGGAUAUAGGUAAACCUAAAGUGCUUUAGGAGACCGGAGUAUUUUUAUACUAGUCAUGGAAGCCUAGCAGUAUAUACAUCUGUGCAUAGUAAGUGUUAUGCACAUUGUGGAUGUCCUGCAAGUCUACAAAUUCUUCAAUUAGUAUUUGUAUUUUUGAAGACUGUGGUUUGACUAAGUUUGCAGAGGGUAGUACAAUGUUGGGUUUUGCACUAGAGGGUCAGGAAUAUAUGGUUGUGUUCCUGACAUAGUGUUCCUUUAAACAUUUAGAGUCUUGGCAUUUAUUGCUUUGAUGGUUAUUUAUUUUAUUUUUAUUUUUUUUGGUUUGUUUUUUUAAACUGUGUUAUGGAAUGAAAAGCUUAUAGCACAGGUUUUCUAAUUAUUGGAGAAGAUCCUGAUUUAGGGUAGUGUGACUUUGUAAAUUUGCCUUAGUGGAUACUACUGAAAGCGGUUAUUGAAACUAGGGAUAGACUGAUUAUCGGUUUGGUCAAUAUUAUCGGUUAAUAUUCAGGAUUUUGGCAAAUAUCUGUAUCGCCCACUAUUGAUACCGAUAAUGUGAGAGGCGGCAAUGGCCCAGUGCAGGCAGGGCCGGCGCGUCCAUAAGGCGGAGCAAGCGGCUGCAUUAGGGCGCAUCGGCUUUGGGGGUUCAAGAAUUGAGUGACAGGAAGGAAGUGCACAGCGCUCCCCCCUACCACUUACUCGGUGCAGUGGAGCCGAGCGGACCGUGGUACAGGAGCUUCGGUUUCCUGUACCCGGCUGGACUGAGAGCACUUCCUGUUAGUGCCAGGUACAAGAAACUGAAGCUUCUGUACCGCGGUCCGCUAUGCCACGCUACGAGAGGUAAUGAGGCAAACCGGGGAGGGGAGAGGAACACCAACUUGUGAUUAAAUUAGGCCAAUCGGAAAUGUUUUAUUUUUUUUUCUUCUCCCUUUAAUUCUUGAUGUUCCAACCAAGUUCCUGAUGCUCCUACUAAGGCACUUUUUUAUUUCAGGCAGUGUGACUGGGGGGUUAGUUCUCUCUGCUUAGGGUUGAGGUCAGGUUGGGUGGGGAGCAGCUGCUCUUUUCAGAAAAGAAAUUUGAGCCAUCAAGCAGCAGGGAGAAGGCGUUUUCUGGUUAAACUUAUGUGAACUAAAACACGCGCUCAUAUUUCAUCCUUGCUUAUAGGGAUUACAUCUUGGUGGUUUGAAUUGCUAUGAAUUUCUAAGAGCAUAUGCAUAUUAUUUAUACAUGUAUAUCUGAUAAUAAAGGAGUGGAGGUCAUAUUCAUUAAAGUAUAUUUUAAAGCACCCUAUUUGCACUCUUGCUUGCUUUUACUGGAAUUUCCCUCUGAUUAAAACAGUUUGUUUGGUUUUUUGGUUUUUGUUUUUUUUGUUCAUGUCCUUUGUAAACUGAAUUGUGAAACAUGUUAUGUUGUAGUGCCUUGUUAAUCCUGAUUUAAAAAUAAAAAAAAAAUCUUCCCUUUAAAAACUCAUUCAUAUGGCUGUUGUUAAGAUAACUAGUCCCAUGGGAACAGACAUAUUAGGCUCAUCAUCCAGUUCAGCUGCUGUAAACUGGGCUAAACUUGGAACAGUGCUAGUGAUUGGAUAUGAUUUUUCUCAUAUCUUCUGAUCUCUAGCGGGAUUCAUCCCGAGGUACACGGUGCUUGCCAUUCAUCUAUAUGACUAUGCAUGAUAUUCGUUAACCAGCAAUGAGCUACUAAUACUGAGCAAGGUAGACCGCUCAUACACUGACCGUUUGGGUGCCCAGAUGAGGGUUACACGAUAAUAUAUCAAUUAAUUCAUAAAUGUCCAAAGAAACCAGCUCCACAGUUAAAUAAUGCUCAGGUUUUUUGGACCAACAAUAAAAAUAUAUGAUGGAAUAGUUAUUGUAUUUUUGGUUUACGCCUGAACAGUCGAAAAUCUACUCUCCAAAAUAUUGCCCUUUUAUUAUGUGUGUUUUGGUAUGGUGUAUCUGGCAAUUUGCUUCCAGUAACAAGUCUGUAAGUCCUCUGUUUUCCAGUUAUCUAAUAGUUUACACACUAUUGCCUUGCUUUGAGGAAAUCCUUGAUGUUUCUUACCAAUGUACUUUUUCCAUGUGUGUAUAUAUUAUCAAUUACAGGGCCUUUAGUUUAAAUUCACAGGUUUGUGGUGUGCUGCAACUAGUGUAAAUGCCAUGCAUGCUAGUAGCUUGCUUAGCUCUUUUGACGAGCACAGGACUGAAACUUAAUAUAUUUAAUUAGCAGGGGACUAUAAUUUGCGUUUGAGCUACUGAAUUUUGCAAAUAUUUCAGGGCCUGUAGGGCAGCCAUUUUGUGUUUUCUGAUGACCCAUUUGUGAGACUUGUAGAUGGUAAGAAAACUAGAUGUCUGCUUCUGCCUGCCAUUAAUUUGCUGUUUACAUAUACUGGACGUUCGCAAAGUCAUACAUCAAUAAAAUUGUUCUUGAAACGCACACUUCAUAAAACACUAAGUCCAAUGUUGAGAGUUUCUCUUUUUUAACGUGUGCUGAGUGAAAUUAAGUUGGUCUAUAUACUGCAUCAGCUGAAAACAGAUUCCUUCUAUUAUGUCUAGAUACAUCUAACCUUCCAUAUAUUUCUGGUCAGUUAACCUAAUGUUAGAUAUCCAUGCCUCUCUCCUCCUGUCAUACAUAGCUUUUUAUCUCUGUGUGAAUUUUUACUAUUUUCAGUCUUGUGAAGUGCAUUGGAAUUUCUUGACUGACUUUUGUUUCUUCAUGCAUCCCUGAGUUGUAUUUACAUUGUAAUACUUGGUAAAAUUGUAGAAUUAGUUUGUCAACAAAUGGCAGAUCGUCCACUUCCUGUUUUUAAAUAUAUAGGUGUUCAGUAAGCACUUAACAGCACAACUUUUUAUUUAUCUAUGCAGACAUCUCUUUUGUAGACUAAUCACACUGAAACAUUUUUGAGGACAACAUGCAUUCUGCUUUGAAUUCUUGAGGCAGGAUUUGCUUAAGGAUUUGGGGGAAUGACUUCUGGAGUUGGUACAAACAAAUUCUAGUUCAAUGUUUCAUGCCAAAUAUAAUUCUAAAGCAGCAAUACAGAUAACACAUGAACCUACAAAAUAAGAUAAAGUUGUCAAAACCUUCUAAAAAGACUGCAUACUAUGAAUAAGAUUAAAUAUUCUCAUAACAAAAAUGGAACAAAUAAAAUAAGUGUGCACUCGAUACAAUUGCAUAAAAUGUGACGUGUUUGCUGCGUUAUGUAUUAUUAAAAUUAGUUAUGUUGCCCUCAGGUGCAGCGUGAUAAAAAAAUAUAUAUUUUAUUCACAACUUUAAAAGAAAGAGACUUCUGUUUACUGCAAUAUCAUAUGAAGCAUGCAUUCUCUGGGGUUUACGGUCUUUCUGUGUCAGUGCAGCAGCAGUUACGAACGAUAAUCCUUCAAGCUCGGAUAGGACUGGCACACUUAAAGGGACUCUAGGCACCCAGACCAUUUCAGCUAAUUGAAGUGGUCUGGGUGCUGUGACCCUUUUGCACUUAGUGCUGCAAUGUUAAACAUUGCAGUUUCAGAGAACUGCAAUGUUUACAUUGCAGCUCUAAGUCUGCACUCUGGGCUUCCAGACUCUAAACAGACUUUUGGUCCAUUAUCUGACGCUGGAUGUCUUCACGGACCUCCAGCGUCAGGUUUUCCCCAUAGGAAAGCAUUGAAUAAUGCUUUCUUAUGGGGAGGACUAGUGCGUGUGUGGCCACUGCCGCGCAUGCACAUUAGGUCUCCCCUGCCGGCUGACGUCGGCGAGGGAGGAGCGUGGGUGUAGCCUGACCCAGCGUCGAGGGACAUUUGCGCUGGAUUCGGGUAAGUGGCUGAAGGGGUUUGCGCAAGAGAUGGGGACAUGUUAACCCUAUAGUAAACAAGUUUGUUUUCCUGGCACUAUAGGAUCCCUUUAAUUCAAAACUGAAACCCAUCAUCCUUCUUAUUUUAGGUAGUGUAAACACAUUAUGUUUAAUGCUGAUUGGUUUUAGGAAAUAUCCUGACUUUUCCCAUAUACUCCCCUGAUGGUUUCAGCCACAGGCUGCGGCAUUCAUGCACUCAAUCUGAAAUGACCACUUUCUGUUAAGUAAUGUGUUGUUGUGGAGUGAGACACCUGGUGGAUGCUGAGGUGUGAUAGAAACCGCCGAAUAAAGCAUUUGCUGAAAGCCUGCGGGUGUGGGAGUGUGUUGAAGAAAAGUGGGUACACCAAUGUGAUCAUGUACGGUGGAAGCUCUGGAUGUGUUGAUCGGUGCAGUCUGCUUCUGGAUGUGUGUUGGUUAUUUUUAGGAUUGUUGCCUGCAUGAGCCUCUGUUUCAGGAAUGUCACUUCCUGCUGUUUUCCUUGCUAGAAAUAGAGGCUUGCUGUAGUGGAACUAAAUGACACAAGUUACCCUGGUCUUGGAAGUGAUGAUUUCAGUGUUUGUUGUUGGUGAGAGGGGUUAGGUAAAAAAGGGGGGGGGGAGGGGGGUGCACAAGCUGCAUGCACUCUGUGUGUACAGGGAUGUCCUACUCAUGCUAAAAUAUAUACAUGUAGUCAUGUAAUGUAAUCAUAGUAUACUUGCUAUGAUAGUGUAAAUGAUUUACAGAUUUGUUUUGGCUCGAACACAUGUGUAUUUCUUAAAGGUGGCCUAGCUUACUUAAACACAUGCGGAGACUUAAGGCAGGAUGAACUACCGUGGGGGACGUGAAUCACCUGUAUGUAGAGCCCAAAGUGUAGUGUGGUAAUUCCCUUCUGCUCCAUUAAGAUAUGUUUGGCUAUUGCAGGUUUAGACCUUGUUGCCUUCCUUUUUCCAUGGAGGUUGCAUGGUAUGUUGGUCUUUGUCUAGAGUCCCAAGUUUACAAAACACUUUGUACAGUAGAUCAUAAGGCUCUAGAAAGUCUUCAAAUUGUUCUAAAUGGGGGUAGGGGGUGGGGUGGAAGGAGUUUCCUUGCCCCUCCCUGUUUUUAUUGGGGGUGGGGGGGAUAAAAUUAAUGCAUUAGAACAUUAUAGCAUUAGAGAUAUAGAUUUAUAUUACUAAUGCUAUAGUUUUCAUUUGAAUUAUUUAUUGUGAAAACCAUUCAGGGAAUGAUCUAUAAUAAAUCAAGAAGCAAAAUAUAUUUUUACUUGUGGAAGGAUUUGGGGAAUUGGGCUAUUUUCUUGAAAUCUGAUUCCUCGUGCUACAUAAGCCAGGCAUGCAGGCCUCACAGUUUGCAGAGAGUGAACUGAUCAUUAAAGAUGGUUUGAAACUCUGCAGUUGGGCCCACCCCGUCACAAGUCUGAUCCUAAGUGUAUCCAUUACUCUAAUGGUGAACACAAAACAAGUGUGUUUAUUAAUGGUCCUGGUGAUUCUGUUUCUUAUCUAUGCAUUUGAAAACCUCUUGAGAUGAAAGCUGUAUCUUCUUUAUGGGCCCCUCAUGCAUGUCUUUCUGUUGUUACUGGUAGAUUGCAUUAUCAGAUUAUUUGUCAAUUAUCAGUGUUACCGAAUUAUCUUGUAUUUACAUUCAGUAUUUAAUUUUGGUUUUGUCUAUUUUGCAUAGAGUUUGAGGUCAGAUCUCUCGAUGUCAUAAAGGAACACUAUAGUCGUCUAAACAACUUUAGCUUAAUGAAGCAGUUUUAGUGUGCGUGUGUAUGUAUGUAUAUAUGUGUAUGUGUAUAUAUAUAUAUAUAUAUAUAUAUAUAUGUAUAUGUAUAUGUAUAUGUAUAUAUAUAUGUAUAUGUAUAUGUAUAUAUAUAUAUAUUUUCUCAUGUCUCUCAGGUUUUACUGUUCAAUUCACUGCCAUUUAGGCAUUAAAUCACUUUGUUUCUGUUUAGGCAACCCUUGUCACACCUACCCUGGCUAUGAUUGACAGAGCCUGCAUGGAAAAAAAAAACUGGUUUUACUUUCAACCAGAUGUAAUUUACCUUAAACAAUUUUAUCUCUUGCUCUGUAAAUUGAACUUUAAUCACACACAGGAGGCUCUUGCAGGGCCUAGCAAGCUGUUAUAGCUGGGAUAAGAAAAUCUAAAUUAAACAACUUGCGAUAAAGAAAGGAUAAACUUUUAGAUGACUCUUUACAGGUGUGACUAGGGUUCAUAAACAAAGGGAUUUAGGUCCUAAAUGGCAGAGAAUUGAGCAGUGAGGCUGCAGGGACAUGUUCUAUACCCCAAAACUGUUUCAUUAAGCUAAUGUUGUUUUGGUGACUAUAGUGUCCCUUUAAAUUUAAUCCAUUUACUCUAUUGCAGUAUCGUUCUUGUUUUGGCUGCUUCUAGUUUUAUAACGUAAUCCAUUCACUCAGUUAAAUAUAAUACAUAUAGGGCACUGGCAACUGCUACAGAAUGGACUUUCUUUAUGUGGCACGAACCAUAUGACAGAAAAUCUAUACAGGAAUCCAGCACUAAAUUUGUAUUUGUUGCUUUAAAUGAGUGACUGAUAUGUUGAUGUUGAAUAACUGGAUACCGUAUAUUACACUUCUUGUUUAGACACCUUUUUUUUUACAGUAGGUGAUAUGUCCUCUGUUACCUGUGCUGUUGCCAUAACAGCUGAUUUAUCUUGCACGAAUGCUUAAAGGUCCACUAUAGUGCCCUGAGGGGCCCCACCCCCUGGGACCCCCUCCCGCUGGGCUCUGGGGGGAGGAAGGGGUUUAACUUACCUCUUCAGCGCCGGGUGGGGAGCUCUCCUCUCUCUUCUUCAGUCACCGGCUGCAUGCGAGGCAAGAGCUGCGCGCGCAUUCAGCCAGUCCAUAUGGACGUUGGCGUCUUCUCACAAAAAAUCAGUGAGAAGCACGGAAGCCCUCUAGCGGCUGUCAAUCAGACAGCCCCUAGAGGCUGGAUUAACCCUAUUAUAAACAUAGCAGUUUCUCUGAAACUAUGUUUAUAAAAAAGGGGGGUUAAACCUAGCUGGGCCUAGCACCCAGACCACUUGAUUAAGCUGAAGUGGUCUGGGUGCCUAUGGUGGUCCUUUAAUUUAGUAAUUGGUGCGGUUAUUAGUGUUUUUUUUCUUUUUUGCUAAUGAUAUUGGUUCGUAUCCCAGUAAGUAAUGGAGUCUGUCCUCAAUGACCAUUUACAAAUCCAAUCGCUCCUUUACUGAAAGAAGUUUUUUUUUUUAUAAUGGCCAUUUUAUUGUAUGAGCCUGAUUUCUUCAAUACACAGCCGCCUGCUGUCCUACAAUAAAUUCCUUUUUCUUGGUAAUGCAUUGUCUAGUCUCCUGUCUUCACAAAAAACAGAACGUCUUGAUUUCCGCUCUUUCUACCCAUUGUUUUUAUAGCAGACCCAGCUGUCUGUGCUCCGUAGCAUUCAUAGCCUUUGCCAGAGUCAGCUCCUUGAAUUGAUAUUGAAUGAAACCUGAUAGCUGUUAUCUGCUGCUUAUUCAUCUGAUUUCUAAGGUUCUGCAGCAUGAAUGCCACUAUUUACAUUGAAGACUUAACAUUUGCACAUCAGAUCUUUGUAAACUAUGCCGGAUGCUUAGAAGUAAGGAGUGUAGGUCAAAAAUAUUAUCUUGGUAUUACUUGAUUAAUCCAUUCCCACAUAUUGCUUAACUGUCUCAUUCUCUUAUUUACCUGAUAAUAUGCCUGAAAACAUCAAUGUAUUUAAAUUUGUUCAUGUUAGAUUAUUUUUGUUUUUAUUUAUUUCAUACUUUUAUUUAUUUUUUAUAACUAUUUUCCAGGUUGAAUAGAUUCUAGCUAAAUAUUAAGAGUUUCUGAUGGCCAUGGCUGACCUAUUUUUUUCUUCUUCCUGCAGAUUUUCUAUUUUGUACAUACAUUGUUUUGUAUAUACUGUAUAUGAUGACUUCGGUGGGAAGUGAACGCCCCCGGGGCACUCGGGAAAAAACACAGAUUUCAACGCCACAGACACAGCCACAGAAACAGGUACAGGUAGGUGGGCAUUACUCUUUAAUGAGACACUGUAUAUAUUAUUAUUUAUAUAGCGCCAACAAAUUCCGUAGAGCUGUACAAUGGGUGGACUAACAGACACAUAAUUGAGAUCAGACCACUGGACGUACAGGAACAGAGGGGGUGGAGGGCCCUGCUCAAAUAUAUUUUUAAUGUUGGGGAAUUCCUAAACUCACUUUUAUUUGCCUUUUAUCCAACGUCAAGCAGACCAAACGUCCAAUACAAUACUUCUCAUAGCAAUUCUAUUACUCUGCCAAUUGCUUUUCAUAUUGAACUGAAUCCAGUGCUUCUUGGUGAGGAAAAUCCAUAGUGUAAAUGCCUUACAAGGAUUGAAAUCUAAAUGAGUGGCUUAUUAAUUAUUGCUCAUCUGACUGCCACUAGAAACCUUCUGCAUUGAUGAUCCAGAAUUUCCAUUUCUGCAUUAUCACUAUCAAUUGAGUGCAGCCUGGUUGGCAGUACUUAGAGCAUUCUUGCAAUAGCUGGAAAUGUUAAAAAGGUCUCUGAUAACUCUCAUGUGCUAUCUCAGGACUGUUGGAUCUAGUAAAGAUUCAUACAGUUCUGUGGAAUAUGAAAAGGGAUAGCCCUCAACCAGGAGUCUCGGGUGGUGCACACACCAGAAAAUUCAACAAACUCCAACAAAUAUGUAGGAAUCCAAUUUGCAUGGGCACACAACAGUUUCUUGAUACUCAAGUAGCUUUAUUGGGUCAAGAGAAAAAUUACACUAUUUUGGUCUCACUAUAAACGUCGCUUUUCUCUUGACCCAAUAAAGCUGUUUGAGUAUUAAGAAGCUUUUGUGUGCCCAUGCCAAUAGGAUGUCUAAAGACUCGGGGCCCUGUGGACAGCAUCGAACUGUGGGCAUGCCGUUAGGCACUAUGCAGUUUUUACAAAGUCAGAAAAGAGAAAACGUUCUCACGUAAUGGCAAUUACUAUACCCUGCUACUCAAUGAAAGUUCUUUUUUUCCAGGGCCACACCUUGUCUGUGCAUGCAUGUAGGAUUUAGAUGUUCUUAACUUAAGUGGUAAAGAAAGUCUGUAUUCUAAAGAAAUGGCUUUAAGUUCACCAAAAGCUUAUUUUUUUAUCAAAGGAUCACUAUAGGGUCUUCCUGACCCUAUAGUGCUAGACCCACCAUAUUGGUGGCUUGCCCCCUCCCAAUCCCCCCCUAUGAAAGUCUAAAAUUCACCUUUAUUUCCAGCGCAGUGCGGGGCUGGCUCCGCCCCCUUUGUGACAUCAAAGUGGCCGAUUGUUGGCAGGGCUGAGCCCUGAGCCAGGAAGCCUCUCCAGUGGCCAUCUAAGGAGUGGCCACUUGGAGGUGUCCUUAGAGGCAAUGUAAACACUGCUUUUUUUCAUAAAAGGCAAUGUUUGCAUAAAAAUGCCUGAAGGCAAUGAUUAUAUUCACCAGAACAACUACAUUAAGCUGUAGUUGUUCUGGUGUCUGUAGUGUCCCUUUAAUUUAUUUAGCUGCGGCAUUGACUUGGCACUAAACAUGAACGAAAAAAAGAUUCUGUCCAGUACAGGAAAUAGGGGUGUUUAAAGACUCCUUGUGUCUAUGAUGUUUGCUCUCCAAGACAACUUAAGAUGUUACAGUAUUUUGUAUUUUGUGAAUGAACAUGUUGCUGUGGCAACAUGGCAGUUUUUCUCUGAAGCAGCUGGGUGUGAUAGUGUCACUUCAUACUUAUAUGCAUGUAGAUGUUACUGCAAUGUUUUCUUGACACUGCAAAGGAAUGGCUAUACUUAUUUUCCUGUGGUAACUUACUCUUGCAUUUAGCAACCUUGUAUCAACUUUAAAGGGACUAUUUAGAGUCAGGGUUAUAUGCCUACUCAGUAAGUUUGGGGAUACUCCCAUACUUGCAUGGGUUGUGUUAUAAAUUUGAUAUGAUGAGCAUAUUGCCUUUUUUAUGAUAUAGUUCGUAUUUUGUGUGAAAAAAAUAUUGGUAUGAAAGCUAUACAUAAAUAGGGGGGGAGGGGGGAGAAUAAAGGGACCGUAUAAACACCAUAAACACUACCACACAUAGUGGUGUCGGCAGUCACCUGCAGCUUUCGUUCAUAAACGUAGUGCAGUUGCCAUAAUAAAGUGGAAAUUCAUUCUUUGUUUUUAUACCAACUCCUACCGUGUUUCAACCAUAUUAAUUGACUGACAGCUAUCAGAUGACACACUGUCAGUAUUGUCCAAACCUAGUGUAAUGCGGAGAUAUAAGCUUCUGCUUUAUGAAAUAUACUCAGAUUUUUAGGCACCUGAGAUAGCAAAGUAAGAGUCCAACUGUUUGCAGCUAUUGGAAUUCACCUGUGAACUCUUGGCACCUUAACCGCUUCAGUGGUUAUGGUACCAAGAGUAUUUCUUUAACUCCAACUGUAAAUAUGUACAGUUUUGAAUUUGUAGAACAUACAGGCAUCACCAUCUGAAACCUAUUAAACAUAGUGUACUGAUUUGGCUUAAAGGGACACUCAAGGCAAAAUUUAAUUUUAUGUAUUUAAUAGCUGCUCAGUUGUCGAACUAGCUUUCGGAAUUAUUUUCAUAUUUUUUAUUUUUUUUAUUUAAGGCAACAGCUGAGCAAAUCCGCCUCGCACAGAUGAUUUAUGACAAAAAUGAUGCAGAUUUUGAGGAUAAAGUAAAACAGGUAAGGAAAUGAAGUGCUUCUUUCAGAAACAUUGGUUAUGCAGUUUUACACCAUGGGCAACAACAAACCAGGUUUUGGAUAAAUUAUUAAUUUGUGUUGCGGUUUUUACUUUAAUUUUUGCCUACUGUUUUGUUUUUUGUUUUUUACAAAAUUUUUAUUUUCACAUCCUGUGCAACUACUUUAAUGCAGAGAAUAUAUAUAUUUAUUUAUAUGUACAGUAUAUACUCGAGUAUAAGUCUAGUUUUUCAGCACAUUUUUUUGUGCUUAAAAACCCCCACUCGACUUAUACUCGAGUCACUGUAUUAUGGCAACUUAGAGCCGCGGCCGUCAGAGCCGUGGCAACAAUCUGCGCGGCAACCAGACCGCGAGACUUACAGUGGAGCUGACCGGAACGGAGGAGAAGGCUGCUGACAGGAGCUGCAGGAAAGGUAAGUAAAUGCUUCCUGCCGGCCCCCCACUUCACAGCCCAUGCCACUGGACCACCAGGGAUUAAGAUAGCCCCCCUCCCUGACCGGUUAACAAGCAGGGAGGGGGGACAAUUUUUUUUUUUUAAAUAAUAAAAAAAAAAUUAAAAUAAUAAAAAUGCCCUCCUCCCACCCAGUUCACACACACUACACAAACACACACUCUGCGUUGUAUACGCACUCUGCGUUGUAUACGCACUCUGCGUUGUAUACGCACUCUGCGUUGUAUACGCACUCUGCGUUGUAUACGCACUCUGCGUUGUAUACGCACUCUGCGUUGUAUACGUGUUUGUAUGAGUGUGUGUAUAUAAUUAUAAAAAUCACAGAAUUUCAUAGCCCCAAGUUUUACCCUCGACUUAUCCACGAGGCAUAGCAUAUUUCACAAUUGUUGGUCACAAAACUGCACUCGACUUAUACACGAGUAUAUAUAUAUUCACAUAUUAUUAUCCAAGACCAUUGCUUUUGUUUAACAUUACACGUUUACUUGUAAACUUUGAACCCUCUAUAAGGAACACGUUUGAAACAGCUUGAUUAAGAAUCAGGUGGAGAGGUUAAAGAGACAUUAUAGGCACCCAGACCGCCAAAUCUCAUUGACGUUGUCUGGGUGCAAUUAACCUGUUCCCUUAACAUGCAAUGUUAAUUAUUGCAAUUUAGGAGGAGCCGACCCUGCACCAAGGGAAAUCUGCGCUGAAAUCGGUUGAGUACAGUAAGAGUUUUUUUGUAAAUAAUUUUUUAUUAAAGUGAAGAAAUUUUAGCCAGAACAUUUGGUUUGGCAUUGCGGAUGGACAUGCAGGUCUUGUAAGGUGCGGUCUUGUAUAUGAAGAUACCCAGAUCUCAUGGCAAGGCACAGUAGAUACUUCCAGGUCUCAAAACAUUAAAAUUCAGCCGAUCCGUAAUAACAGAGAAAAGCAUGUUUCAGCCUAAAGGGUCGAACAGUGACAAAAAUGGUAAAUUCUUGUCCCAGUGUUGGGAGUUGUUUUUCAGUAUAGGUGAUUGACUACCUUUACACGGAUUAUCACGCACACUGUAUUGCAUGACUGUGGCGCUUUUUAAAACCCUUGCAGUGUGGGGGACAGAGGGUUCUAUAGUGCAAGGAAUACAACUUUGUAUUUCUAGCAUUGUAGUAUCCCUUUAACUAUCCAGUGUACAUAUGAGUUUCUACAAACUGUCACUCCUGUUGUUAUUCAAGCACAUGCUUAGAUUUGGACAUUGAUAGGCUAAUGCAUGUUAAUCUGUGUGUUGAAUUUAUUACUUUGUGUAGAAACACAUCAGUAUUGUUAAAAGUAAUUUCUCUUCGCCAAAAUAUCUGUUGGGCCUCCUGAACACCUAGACAUUUUUCAUCUGCAUUUGUAAUUUUAUACACAUUAGAAGUCUGUUGGCUAUUACACUGUAUUAUUGCUGGUGUUGGACAAAUUAUGAUUCCUUCCAUUUUGAUUUCUGCAGCUAAUGGAAGUAACAGGGAAGAAUCAAGAUGAGUGUAUGGUGGCUCUCCAUGACUGUAACGGUGAUGUGAACAGGGCAAUAAACAUUCUGCUGGAAGGAAACUCUGACACAGUAAGUUUGAAGUUUUACCUGUUCUUGUGUCCAUUUCGUUUUUGUACAGUAUUGGAAGUGGUUAUCUAGCAAGAGUCGGGACCAAGCCUUGGUUCAAGAUACUGUGCUCCAAUGUGCCCUUUGUGAAAAUGUGUACAUCUGUGGUUUCCUGACUUUGCUACCUUUUUUUUAGGCCUCUUGGGAGACUGUUGGUGGUAAAAAGAAGAGCAUUGGAAAGGAGAGUUCUGAAAAUAAAGAAAACAGGGAAAAGAAAGGGGAUCGAGAAUUGAGUCGUGGCCGUGGAACUUCAAGCAGACGAGGCCGUGGAGGAAGCCGUGGCAGAGAGUGUAAGGGAUUUAUUUUCUUAUCUUGACCUAUACUUCAUGUGUGAUCUGCUUACUAAUGGCUUUUGCUCCAUGCAGUUAGAGCAGAAGAAAAUGGAGUGGACAAUGGCCCUGGUGACAGAACCUCAGAUCGCGCAAGACGUGGCCGUGGCAGAGGUACUUUCCAAGCAUAUGCUGGGAAUAAAGAGAGAACUCUAAAUUGAGUGUAUUUUUGAACACUACAUUCUUUUGUUGUGUACAGGAUUUGGAGGACGUGGCAGAGGCAGAGGGUCAGGGAGAUUUUCUGCACAAGGCAUGGGGUAGGUAUCUGUGUGCAGUCAUGUGUGGAGUUAAUUAUUUAUUUUCUGUUCACUUUAAACUCUGUGUGGGUUGAAGUGACUCUUUAAUGGGACACUAUAGUCAACUAAACUACAGCUCAUUGUAGUUUAAGCAUGUCAAACUUAAAGGCUAACACUUGCGAAAUAAGCAAGUCUCUCCCCCACUCCCCCCAGUCAGCAGUGGAAGGCGUAGCUAGACCUCUUUCCUCCCGGGGCAGUCCUUGAUUUUGCUGCUCCUCUCAGCCCAUCCUCAACACUAAGGCUCUGCCAUGCUGUGUGGAAUAAAGGGAGCAAGGAUAUUAGGCGAUUUAUAUCCCCUCCAGCUUUAUACAGGCUACGGCCUGUUCCAGAGCCGGUGGACCAGACGGAGGUGCUGGCAAAGCUUGACUAUAGUAAAUUAAUUGACUGUCAGGAGUGCUAUGCACUCCUCUUCUGCCAGUCACUUGGACUUUGCGCCCCUCGGGUGAUAAUGGCUGGUGAAAGUGUUAUUGCAGGGUUGUACUUAGGACUGAGCAGUGUUUGAAUGGAAGCAUGUUUUUGUAUGGAGUAUGUGUGUGAAUGUAGGGGUGUAGUGCUGUGUUUUUAUGUACUUUCCAUUUGAAAGCAGUGUAUUACUUGUGUAAUUUGAAUGCAGGGGUGUAUUUUUGCUUAAUGUUUGAAUGCUGAAAUGUAUGCACAUACUCACACUUAUAAACCGCUACACAGAAUGAUAGACACACAGGUAUACAUAUACAAACAGAUACACAUACAUUAAAGCCUGGGUACACCUCCAGUGGCCACUCCUCAGAUGGCCACUAAAGGGGCUUCCAAGGGCAGUGGAGCACUGCCAUUCGGCGUCUCCACACUCUCCUUGGAGACGCUAAACUUUACUCAUCACUGAACUUUCCUGUGAAGGCAUUGAAUUGGCUGAGCUAAUCCAUUCUGGUUUUAACUAUAGGGUCAGGAAUUAAUGUUUGUGUUCCUGGACCUAUACUGUUCCUUUACUCCAUAAUGAAGCUGGAGAAACUUGGCCUGGUAGUACAUUGUACUCAUAAUUCCUUUCACAUUGUGUACUCAAUAGAAAGCCAAGGAAAUAUUUCUACUCUUAAAGGAGCACUCCACACGCUUGUUAAAGUGCUUUAGGUGUGAAAAGUGUGACCAUAUAAAUAAAUAAUUUUUGUUGCAGAUUUCAAUAAAUUAACCCUGUAACACCCACUUAAUUGGACAACCAUGUAUGUAUGUAAACUCAAACCAAUGUGUUCUUGGCCUCUAUGUGCUCCAAUGUUAUUGCCUGGUGCUUGUACAGCAAAUUAAUACAGUUUAGAUGGUAGAUGGCACUCCCAGGUCUUGAACUUGUAGUAAAAUAUAACUUUUAUUGGGUUCACAUAAAAGCAAACCUCAAUGUUCCAGCUCAAUAUCGUCAAGCUUUCAUCAGGACGUGUGUGUAUAUGUUAAUCAUUCUUUUGAUAUGCCAUAUUCUCUCUUCUAGGAUUUUUAAUCCUGCGGAUUACACUGAACCAGCUGCUAGCGAUGGCUUUGGAGCCAAACCAGAGGUUUGGGAGACGGGUCAGAGUGAUGGCGACGAUGGAACUGGUAAAUGUAAUAUCACAAACACUUUUUUAAAUCAUUUUGUUCUUUAUUUAGCAUGACCCUGUUAAUGUUGUGAGCUUGCAAACACAAUAAUUACUUAAUGAAGUGUUUUCUACGUAAGACUUUAAGUCUUAUGCACUGUUCGGUCCGCCCCCUGUGUCAUCACUGAGUAAACUUUGACCCUGUACCUCACAGUCAGCAGACACAUUCCAGCCAAUCAGCAGCAGACCCUCCCUCCCAUGCCCUCCCUCCCAUGCCCUCUCUCCUCCUGGACAGCAUCCAUUUUACAUUCAUUGUGAAGCUGCAUUCUUAGUGAGCUGUCCAGGAGGAGGGAGGGUCUGCUGCUGAUUGGCUGGAAUGUGUCUGCUGACUGUGGUACAGGGUUAAAGUUUACUCAAUGAUGACGAAUAGGGAGCGGACCGAACAGCGCAUAUGUUCGCCAUCCGUGGCGAACCGUUCGGGACAUCACUAUUGAAGAACAUAGAUCUGUUCUAAGUGUGUGUUUUAGUCAGACAGAGCUUAGCCAGCUAAGAGGUAGUAAAAUUCCUAAUUGGAUGUCUGAGAUCUUGGGGAGAGACUUUUACCUAGUUGUGUGUUAAUAUAUUUUUCGUCCAAUUGCAGCAUUUCUAAGCAUAUAUAAUUAGGGUUGUCAGUGACCCUUGAAAUAGUUUUAGACUUUAUCACGUUAACACAGGUACACGUAUAUCAUUUUUAUGCUACUUUCUCUUUUUAUUUUUUUUUCUGCUAGUAUAUCUUGUAAGAAAUGUAAGUUUAUGUUGGUGUAUGAAACUUGCUUCACGCAAGACCACUUAAACAUUGCUUUUUGUGAAAAUACAUUUUCCAUUUUCCUACUUUGUUUAAAGGUGCCUGGAGGAAUUCCAUGGAAGAAUGGACCGCAGAAGAGUGGAACGAAGAUGUAAGUUUAUAUUUGUCUUGUGGUGAUAUUGGGUUCCUGACAAAUAUGAAACUCUUCUGUCAUUUGUCCUUUAAAUGAGCUGUCUAGACUGAUGUAGUAAUUAUGGUGCCAUCAGGCUGUGGGCAUCUUCCCCUGAUUCUUGGUUAAAUGAUUAUUCCAAACAUCAUGGUCACAUCUGCUUUUAGAAGUGGUCUUGGUGUUGGGAAUCUGUGCAUUAUUUUUUUCACACUGCACAUAGAGUAAUUGGCAUGCUUGUGCCAAGAGCAAAUUACACAUGGCAAACGUGAGUUAGGUAGAGUUCUGGGCUCUCUAAUGUUAAAUCUGUGCAAACAUUAAUCGGUCAACAGUGUUUGGGCAAGAAAUAUGAGCUGCUGAGAUUGCACCUGCAAGGGGAUGAAGCCUUGAUUGCCCUAUAUUCUUUUAAGCCUCUCUGCCUCCCUAAAGUCCUUAAUGUGCAUCUGUUCCACUGUUCACUCUCCCCACUGAGGCUGAGAGUGGUCCAAUCAAAUUCUUCUGAGAAGCAUUUCAUUAGACCACGUCGAGGGAAGGAGUUACUUCAGAAAGACCAGUUGGGGAGCUUAAUCAGGUGGUGGAUUCUAGGUAGGUUUAUUAUUUUACAAGUUAAUUCCAAAAUUAAGGGGCACAAAGUGCAUAAUGCACAAUCUGACAUUAGAAACGCGGAAAAAUAGUUUAGCCAAAAAGAGUUGGAGUAAGCCUUUAACCCCUUAAGGACCAAACUUCUGGAAUAAAAGGGAAUCAUGACAUAUCGCACAUGUCAUGUGUCCUUGAGGGGUUAAACACUUUUGGAACAGCUUGACCCACACCGAAAGUCACUGUGGCAACAAAGACACAGCCUGCCAUGUUCUAAUUUCAUCCAUAUUUUAAAGUGAUUAAAUUAAUAUUGAUAGUGUGGGUGAAGAACUUCAUUAGUAACUUCAGGACCAGGACUGCAUGUUGCUAAUGAGCUCCCAGGUUUAGUUAAGCUAAAUAAACAGUUUGACCAGGAACCAGGGUAUAGUACCUGUAGCCUGUCACUAUAACCACUAUGACAUGUAGUAAUGAUUCUUCUGGCUCUCUCUUCCGCUUUUAUUUUUGAUAUCUAAACUUUCUUUAGGCUACCAUGUUGCAUGCAAAAAAAUCACAUCCAGAAAACAAUGAUGCUUAUUUUCCAAGCACAUAGCUGACCUUAUGGUGUGGAGAAAAACAAAUCUGAGUUCUCUGGAUUGUAUCUUUAGUCCUAAACUUUUUUUUUUUUUUUAUUCUUUUUUUUUAUUUUGUUUAUGUUGAACAGUCUUGCUUUUACCAUCAGUAUUUCUGGUUUUGAAAGUUGUGUUGAUAAUGUUAUGAUUUAAACAACGACUGAAGGUAUCCUGUCCUUAUUCUGGUCCUUGAUCUUUUGCCUGCACAGAGUUUUUUCUCUUUUUUUAUUUUUUUAGUUGGUUCUGUGUGUCCAUAUAGGAGCACAUAGCUCUAUGAAAUGCUUCCAGACCAGUCAGAUAGUGGUUAAUGCAAUGUAUCAUUUAUAUUUAGGAUAAAUUAAAUGUGAGCAAGAAAAGUGAACCUGUCAUGACUAAUAUUACUCAGACACAGUCCUUGCAUAUCAUUUGGCAGAUAUAACAACAAUCUUUGUUCUAUACUCAAAUAUAUGUCCAUCUCUCUUUUUUUAAAUAUUCCUCUUGCUUUUGUGACCGAUUGAGUAACACUUUUACUUUUUUUGCAGCUUUCUGAAACAAAAGUUUUUACUGCGUCUUCUGUUCCUACGGAAAACCACAUCACUCCGGGACAGAGGUACUAUACUUUCAAUUAUAAGUUUUUGCUAUGGUGGAUCUUUUUUUUUUUUUUUUUCGAAGACUGGUUUUCUAACUUGUUAGCUUCAUUCAGCUAAAGGUGGAGGGGGGUGGGCACUACAAGAGUUGAUAUCCAGCUUGUAAGGAUUAAUAAUGCUAAAAGGGACAUCACUGAGCACCAAAGGUGCAAGAAUGUAUUUGAUAACAUAAUCCAUAUAAAAAUGGAGACCUAAUGCUGUGUAUAUCUUAAACGAGUUCACUCACUGGCUGUUUUUUUUGUCAUGUAAGAAUAAAUGUGACACUCAUGUUUUCUUCCCUUAUAAGGUCAAUCGCUUCUUAUUCGCAGUCGGCUCUCUAAAUUCAUAUAUAUUUGAAUACCUAAGUUCUCCAGCAUAUUGGUGUAAUUUGGUGGGUUUUUUAAGUCCCUUUUAAUCAGUGUUUCCCUCUUUUUUUGUGUUGUGACUCAGGGCAGUAGUUGCAAAGCAUCAUUCCAGAUGCCAUGUUUAAUAUAUAUUUUUUUUAUUUUUUUAUCUAGCAUUGAUUUGGUGGCUCUCCUUCAAAAGCCUCCCUCAAGUACUGACCCGGAUUCUGUGAGUUUUGAUCCCGCUUCCCAGCAGAAUUUUGGCCAGGCGUUAGUAUUCACCAAUUCCCAGCACAGUUCACAGGUGACGCCUGCAAGCAACAGCUCAGCGGCUGUUAACAGUUAUCCUCCGCAGAGCCUGGUAAAUAAACUCUAUUUGCAUUGCAGCUCUAAUUAAACCAUACAGUUGCUGCAUUUUAUGUUCUGCCCUCCCACUUUCCCCUGGUAACUUUACCUACUGUGGUUUGUUAGAAGGAAUGUUGUAUUUUAGUUAUGACGUUUAUCUGAUUUUGCUAAUGGCCAUCCUUCAAGUUGCAGCAAAUUUCCUGUCAGAACUUUCUUGAACUUGUCAAGUGUCAGGAUCACAGAUUCUCACAGAUCCACCGGUUAUAUUGGGCAGACAUGCCUAAUAUCAUCUGACCCUAUUUAUUGCACCUCUUCUUUGUUUUAUUUUAACUGCCUGGGAGGAGAGUAAAGGUUAUUUGUUUUGUUUGGUGUAGUUUUUUUUUUUUAAUAUGGCCAUGUUCCAUUCAAUAUUAAAGAGUCCUAUCCAGAAAACAAUGAUGCCUAUUUUUCCAAGCACAUAGCUGACUUUAUGGUGUGGAAACAAAAAAUCUGAGUUCUCUGGAUUGUAUCUUUAAUUCUAAUGAAAUGUAAAAAAAAAUUACAUCUGUAGAGGAGCAGUCACACUUUUCCAAUCAAUCCUUCUGGGUGAUAAUGUCAUGACUUGAAUAAUGACUGGAGGUUUGCUGAAAAUUAAAGAGACUCUAUGUUCCCCAAAACAACUUUAGCUUAAUGAAGCAGUUUUGGUGUAUAGCUCAUGCCCCUGAACUCUUACUGCUCAAUUCUCUGCCAUUUAGGAGUUAAAUCAGUGUCAGAGCUUCCCCUCCCCGGCGUCAGAGCUUCCCCUCCCCGGCCUGCGAACCUUUAGUUCCUAUCUGUAGGUAGAUGAGCUCUAGUUUCCUCUAGGACUGAUAGGAAGUGAAAACACGUCCUGUCAGUCUGGGUAGAGUAAACUAAAGGUCAGCAGGGGAGGAGAGGGAGGCUCUGACACGGGAAGGGGAGACAGACGCUGCAAGAAAGGACAGGCAGGAGGGGAGUGCUUCCCUCCUGCCUGUCACCUGGGCAGUUCUUGCAGGCACACUUUUAGAACAUGCCUGCUACUGCUGCUACGGAAGUAGGAAGUGAAUCUCCGUAGCUGUUUAACAGCUGGUGAGGCGUUUCUAUUUUCAUAUAUAAUUGGCACUUUUAUAAACUGGGAUUUUAAAGGAAUACUCCACAUCCAUAUAGCUAUUAAGAAAAGUGAAGUGCUCUAUGGGUGUGGAGUGCUCCUUUAAGACACAACUGCUUCAUUAAGCUAAAGUUGUUUUGGAAACUAUAGUAUCUUUUUAAAGGGGAAUUAGGAGUUACAUUUAUUGGAGAAAUAAAGUAAACAGAGUGCAGGUCAGGAGUCCGGCUACAAGUCAAGGGCUCAUGAGCUGCACCACUGUAACCACCUAAUAGGGAGCUCCAAUGAGGGGGUAACCCUCCAAAAUAUGUAGGUGAUGUGUAGAGUCCAUCAAGGAGAAACCAACAUCAGGAGAGCUCCACUGUAUAAGAAAUGAGGAAGGGAGGCCAUACCUUUAAUCAAUCUACGGAUAAAAAGGGAUAUGCAAACAAAGUAUAACUUGGGAAAAAGGGAGAUCUACUAAACGGUGCCCAGGGGGUCAAUUGUCUGGAGUACUAGCUAGCAUCUGUUUCAGUUCCCCUAGUGUCCGACUGACGGGAAGGUAGUGUAAAUGAGAUUGAGAGAGAAGAGGCACAGGGUCCCCAGAGAACAAGGGACCGAGUAAUAAGGUCUAAACGCAGAUGAAAAGCCUCACACGCAAAAUAAAUAAUUGGGGACCCUGUGCCUCUUCUCUCUCCCAAACCUCAUUUACACUACUUUCCUGUCAGUCGGACACUAGGGGAACUGAAACUUAGAUGCUAGCUAGUACUCCAGACAAUUGAUCCCCUGGGCACCGUUUAGUAGAUCUCCCUUUUUUCCAAGUUAUACUUUUUGUUUGCUUAUCCCUUUUUUAUCCUUAGAUUGAUUAAAGGUAGGGGCUCCCUUCCUCAUUUCUUAUACAGUGGAGCUCUCCUGAUGUUGGUUUUCCCUUGUGGGACACUACACAUCACCUAAUCCUAUGAGUUACAUUUAUUGUUUGAAAUUUCUUUCAAAAAGUGAUUUUAAUACUUUGAUAUGCUUUUAAUACUUUUAAAUACAGAUGUACGUUUGUGUGAAGUAUUUGUCAUAUUCUUAAUUGUAACAGUCUUAUAUCAAUCUUUCUUUAAGUCUUCUGUCCUGGGUUCUGGGUUUGGUGAACUGGGGUCUUCAAAGCCGGCAAACUCUGCAGGAUCUCAAAUACUUGAACAGCUGAAAGGCCCAGGGUUGGGGCAGUUCCAAGCCCAGAGCGCUCAACAGAGUAGCAGUACAAAUCCAUCUUCCUCAUGGGAUAUAAAACCCACGCCGCAGUCAGCCCUUCUCAGUCAAUUCGGUAAGAAACCCUUUCUGAUGUGCUCCAAUUUAAGUAAAUUAUUUCAGUCAGAAAUUCUACUCCUCUGAUCCCUUACAGAGCACUCUUAGUAGCUCUAAUACUAUUUAGGAAUUUUACAGAAUAAUCACUUUCAUGAAACUGAGGAUGUUGGAGUUGAACAGUCUCCAUAAAUGUUCUAAAUUAUGUAUUCAUUUUCAAUGACUCCUUUAGGUUCCAAUGAUAAAUUCAUUGUUUGGCAGUCAACUGAUAUCGCUGUAUAUUUUUCGGUUUUGAAAUGUCUUUGAUUAUUUGGUUAAUUAUAUUGUAUGUAGCUGGUCCUCUUAAAUAUAACAAACAUUUUUGUUUUCUUAAAUCCAGAAUACAGUGAUGCUUAUUAUCCAAGCACAUAACUGACAUUAUUGUGCGGAAACAACUUAUUCUGAGUGCUCUGGAUUUGUCUGCUUUUUUUGUAAAGUAUUUAAAAAUGUUUACUCAAACCCUUUGUCUGUUUUUAUUUUAUAAUGCCCUUUAUUUUUAGUUUUGGAGGGGAAGGGGGGUUGUGUGUUUUUUUAUUUUUUUCGUUUUUUUUUUUUUUAUUCGUAAUGGUUAUGGCUUUCUUUCAGAUUUUAAAUCCCAUCCUGAGCCAUCUCCAGUGCUGAGUCAACUUGCCCAGCGACAGCAACAUCAGAUGCAAACUGUGCCCACCCCUCCUCCUGGCCUUGAAAGUUUCUCAACCCAAGUAAAGCUCCAUGAGACCUCACCAGUGGACAACUCCACAGCCGUCAGUAAAAUGCUGCAGCUGCCCAGCUUGUCCUUGGAUACCCAGGCUAUGUCUGUACAAACCCAGCAGCAGAAACUGAUGAAACCUCAGAAACGGAGAACGCCUCCUACAUCAAAGGUGCCCAUCUGCUUUUCCAUAUUGAAAAAGGUGUUUAAAUCAAGAUUUUAUGCUAGGCAUAUUGUAACAUAGAACUUCCUUAAGAUGGGGAAAUCAAAGACUUAAUUAAGAAUCAGGACUUUAUUUUAACGGUCACUUUUAAACAUGGGAGACUUCGUAAGGAGUUUUCUUUGUGUAAAUGUAAUGCAAAAUCUCAGUACCUGAAAUGGACAGGCAUGAAGUUGCACUAGGCAAAACCCCACUAAGCUGUGACACGGUUAGCAAAUGGUUUGUGUUCGGCAUACCUGUUUGACACCAAUAUAGCACACUCUAGUCCUUAUGGCGCUUGGAGUGUUCCUGUAAAACUGAUUUAAAUCUUGAUCCAUUUAUGCAUGCAACAUUUCUAAACAGUGCUGUGAAGGUCCUUGUAUAUAAUUUACUGUAUAAAUCAACUUGCUCUUUGAUACUAUUUAGGCAUUCUACAGAAAAAAAAUGCCAUUUAUAAAAGCGAGCAUAUUCUAAUUGGACAAUUUCCAUGUUCUAAAUGCUUAUUUGAGUUUCUCUAAAAACUUCCUUUGACUGAUGGAAACUUUUGUGGACUGCCGAAUAAUGAAUUUGUUUUAGUUUAAUGCACUAAAUUUAUUUUUUAAAUCCAGAACUCCAGAACACAGUGAUGCUUAUUGUCCAAGCACAUAACUGACAUUUAUUGUGUGGAAACUAAUGAUUCUGAGUGUUCUGGACUAUCUGCUUUUUUAGUAGUAAAAGUAUUUAAUUUUGCUUCCCCCUGCUCAUGGGAAUUGCUUUUUUCAUUGUCCCUCCAUCGCACACAAACUCUAUACCCAUUCACGGUUUUCUACCUAUGAGUUAUACAGGAGUUGUCCCACCUGUGGAAAAUAGCUACCCAUUUAUGAGUCUGUAAACAUGACAAAUAUCAUAGUGUAUCAUUCAUUAUGUGUGCCACACUUCAACUUAUGAUCCACUUCCAGAUUCCUGCAUCUGCUGUAGAGAUGCCCGGAUCUGCUGACGUCACCGGGUUAAAUGUGCAGUUUGGUGCCCUGGAGUUUGGCUCAGACCCCUCAUUGACGGAGUUUGCUUCAAGUGUAAGCCCAGAUAGCCUGAGUCAAGCACCAAAUAACUUGUAUUCCAAAAACAUCAGGUAAGUGGGUUAGAAGUAAAAACACCAAUCAAAGCUUUUGUUUGGAGCACCAUGAAUAUAAUUUCAUAAAUCCUGCACAUAGUACUAGUACUCAUUUCUUCUGGAAUUUAAUAGAAGCUUUGUGUAACAUAAUAUUGUAUGGGUAAUGUCAUUCUUUCUUUGCUUUUCAGUGACUCUCUUAAUACCUCUCUGCCAAUAUCCAGUACGUCGCAAGAGCCUAGCUACACUGCGUCCGUAAGCAGCACUUCCAGCCUCAAUAACUCCUCACAGAGCAGCAGUCCGGUUGCCUCCGUCUCCUGCUCUUCCUAUGACCAGACAUCUGUGCACAGCAGGAUAGCAUACCAAACCACCGUGCCGCCAGUGGAUGUGGUGCCGGUCACGGUAAGUAAAUUUGUAGCCAUUUCUGAAUAUAAAUAAAUUGUAAGAGGGUUGUUAUACCCAAGUUGAUCCAGCUCGUGUGUGUAAUGAGUCACAAAAACAAACAUUGUAUUUAAGGAGUGACCGUGUAGAGCAGAAAAUGAAAGCCUAGGACUCCUGCCUUAGAGUUCUUAGGACAGCUUGCUAGAUUAUUGAAGAUACAUUUGCCUUGAUCCCGUAUGUGUAGGAUUAGUUUGGAAAAUCAGAAUGUCCCUUAUGCUUUGUACUAUGACAGAGUAUGUGAUUCGGAUUUCUUGUCCACACAAGCCAGUAUCUAUGAUCUUGUACUGUCCAGAUCUUUUUAAAGGGUCAGUGCUUUUAUAUUGUCAUACUUUAGUAAAAUAGGUUGUGGAGUAGCUUUCAAUAAAUUAAUAGGAAUGUUUGUUCUUUUCCUCUCCAAUGACAUAUAUUACUGUGCAGUAUGUUGGUGCUAUAUAAAUGUUAAUAAUAAUCUGAAUUCUUGUUUCUUGCUUUCCUAGAAUGGGCACAAUGGAAUAAGGGCACCACAGUCUAUGAAUGGUAGGUGUGCUUUGCACUGAUGUUGCCAGCCAGGGUGUGUUUAAGAUCUUGCUAUAACUUUACCUUUUAAAAUGGGUUACAGUGUACCCAUUGAGACACAUAAGGACAAUGUAUUUUAUCCAAAUUAAAUGUGGAAAUCCAAAAUGACAGAGCUUACACAUUUACUUGGCCUUUGAGCUGCUUCAGGAAACCGCCAACAGCUAUGAAGUUUUUUUUAGUUUUUUUUUUUUUUUUUAAAGCAGGGCUCAGAUAUGUUAUAAAAGCCACAUAGUCAGAGUUGUACAUUGUUCAUACACUUCUUAUUAAAAAUCCACUUUUAAUGGACCGCUCUAGAAACUGAGAAUGUUAACAUGUAAAAGCAAAAAUGUGAAAAAGAAAACAAACCUAGAGCAUAUACAGUGUUGUGUGUACAAUACAAUAAAAUUCAGAUGUCCGAAGCCAUCAGUAUAUGGAACCUUACACAAAAGCCCCAGCAGCUUUCCAAACGUAUCACAGCCUUAGACUUUGGCUAAGACUUUAAAACCCAAUUUUAUUUGCUGAUGCUUCCCAGAUUUAGUCACAUAUGCUGCUUUUUAUUUCAUUUACAGUUAAUCUCCCUCUAUGGUAAAUAUAUGCAAUGUAAUAUUUAUAUAUUCAAUUACUUAAUGUAGACGUUUCCAGUGAAGAAUUUAUUUAUUUGACCAUACUAAGUAAAUAGAGAAAAACACUAUUUAAGGGUUGCACAAUUAUUUUGGGUACUAUAGGUACCCCUUAAGUAGAGUUUCUGUUUUUUGUUUUUUUCUUUAUAAGAAACGAUGCCUGAUUUACUUCACUUUAACUGGAGCUGAUUUUAAUCUAAGUAACACAAGUUUCUUUUGUCGUCUUCCUGCAGUUGGUCCCUCUGUCCCAUCUGUGAAGUCUGAGACGUCUGCCCCCAGCCUCUCCUCUGUUGGUUCCAGUGUAUCUUCAAGCUCUGCAUCUCUCCUCCCACCAGUAUCUCAGCAUACAUCUGCUGUAACGUUGCCCAGCUUACCGCAGCCCAGUGACCUCACAAGCAACUCUCUGUCUCAGCUCAACAGGUAAUGCUUUCCUGACCUGUAACAUUAAUUUGUGACUGUUCUAACAAAAUAAAAGUUUUCUUCAUUGCUAGUUGUAUUUAAAGGAACACUUAAAGCACCAUCACAACUAUUGCAUGAUGUAGUGGGUUUUGGUGAUCCAUUUAAACGAAGUUACAGGUGCCUUUUUUAAAUUCUUGCCAUGGGAUGGGUAAAUGUUACCAUGGUUCUGGUUAAGUCAUAACAUUCAAUGGAAGUGUGCCAUUCUGCUAAUAUGACAUACUUCAUGGUAGUUAUAACUUGGUCAUAAACUGUGUGAGAUAAUUACGUCUCAUGUCACAUUCACUGCGCCAAAGUUCCCUGUCCGUAAACGUAUUAUUGACUUUAAUAGGGCCUGGAUUUAGAAACCCUUUAUGUCCGGAAAGACAAUGAUGUUAUAAUUCCAAGCACAUAUCAGAGGAUAUUUAAUCAGUAUGUUGAUAUCUGUCAACUGAGUCUUUCCUUAGAUGCUAGUGGCCUUAUAUAUGUUACCAAUCCUAGUGCUGCACAUUGACUCCAACUCUAAAGUGACCGCCAUAGUAUGUGGCUUCUAUUCAGUAAAAUGAUAUCCUAAUAAUUACCCUUCUUCCCUCUAUUCUUAGCACUUUGUCCGGGCACCAAAACAGCCUUCCUGCACCAUCAGUGCUGUCCUCUUCGGCCUCUCAUGCAGUAAGUAGCGCAUAAUGAUUUCUUUGAGUCCAACUUUUAAAGCGGUGCAUAUUUAUGAAACCGAUUCAAAAAAAAUAAUAAUUUUUAUAAAGCACCACACAUUUGUUUAAACAAUUAUACCAGUGCUGUGCAUGAUCCCCGUAUGGUCCUAAUGGUUUGCAUGUUAAUUAUGUUUAAAUCACAGCAUGUUUUUGCUAUGUUAUUUUUACAGCACACAAGUGUAGAGAACACAGUGACCCUCCAACCUGCCACAACCUUCACUACAGCUCAAACAUCGGUUGCCAACACCACCUCUUCAGUAGCCAGCAUGGCUAGCAGUAUGAACUCUACGAACAGUCUGGGCCUUAGUGCGCCAAGUGUCAGCAUGCCAGCAGCAACCACGCGGACUGCCCCAUUAGUAUCUUCAGGUGAUGAUUACUGGAAUUCUACUAUAAUCCUGCUUGCAGUGGUUUAAAUCUGACAAACUGCACUUCUUGAUCAUAAAUUAUCAAAAAGCUGGUUGUCUUUAUGAUAGACUAGCCAAUGUAAAUGUUAUAUCUACUAAGAAAACACAGGUCUUUGAUCAAGGCUUGUGGUUUUUGUAGAGGGCAACACUUUUAAACAAACAAGUUUUUAAGGGUUAGGUUUCUGGCACUAAAUGUGAAUGUAAGGUGUUCCGUUCACAUCAAUAAUUUUCUCUUUUUUAACCAUAAAAUAACAGUAAUUCAAACAAAGUAAGGAGAUUUGAAAGGCUUUGGAAGACUGCAUGUCAUUCCAUUGGUGUUGGCUAGGUUUACCUUGGCUAUAUGCAAAAACACCUAUUUAAAAAGUACAUGAAGAUCAUUAUUUUUUUUUUUUUGUAUGCGUUCUUGCAAACUGACAGUCAUUUUGAGUAGACUGUAUGGGCCUUGAAAACUGAAGUGACUACGGAGUUAACAUUACGUUAUUUUACAAAUUUGAAAUGUUGCUCUUUCGUGUCAGAUGUACAAUAAGUUAAUUACAAAUAUAUAAAUGUAAUUUGUCAGAAAAGAGACACUUGUAGUUAAGCAGAUCAGUCACUGUACACAAGUGGAUGAAUGCAAUGCACAUAUAGUUUUAUUACUUGUUUAGUAAUAUUUCUUUUAUUAAUCUGGCCAGUCAAAAAUCUGUAUGAAAGUUUUUACUGCCAACAAAAUAUAGAUUAAUUUAUUAUUGAUAUUUAGAUCGACAACUUAUUCCGCAGGGCUUAACAAUAUUAUGAAACGGGGAAAUUGUAACAAGUGAGACAUACAAAAUGUUACAGCAGCAAUCUAUAGAUGAGGACCAUGCUCAGACAAGCUUACAUUCCAUUAAUGCUUCCCUAUGCAAAUGGUAAAGGAUAGAUUAAAAGGUAAAUACUUGGAGACUUCCUCCACUUGCAGGACUGCCUUCUGAAAUGGAUGUGGCUAUUGUACGCUCAUCACCUUCACACCAAAAUGGUUCCAAACAUCAUGUGCCUCAAUGUCAGGUGGACAGGGGUAAUUUGUGAGCAGUCCCCUGUGAUCGCCAUAUUUGUAGUAUUUUUGUGUCUGGCAGUUUUGCCAUUACAUUGAAAAACUGAAAUGCAAUUCUCUAUUGAGCAGUAUCAUGGCAGUGUCAUGGUGUCCUUUUAGUGUCUCUUAUGCCUCACUAUUCAUACAGCUUUAACUUUGUAUGAAAGUAACGUGUCACCAGGAAGGUGCAGUAUAUUUAUAUGGCCAUUUAAAGCAUUAUUUUAUUCUCCCAUCCCUUUAAAGAAAUAAAUAUACACAUUUUUACCACAGUAUGCUAGUGAGGAUCUGAAAAAGAAUAAAAUAAGUUGUCUGUCUCAAUGCUGGAUUACAACUAGGUAAAAGUUUAAAUGCAGGCUUGCUGAAGUUUCUGUCCAAUCAAAUGCUUCUCAGUUCUCAUAUUUGUAAAAGUCUGUUUAUUUUUAUACCAUGCGGUCCUAGCACAGCCAAAGCAUAUAAUGCUAAUUUUUUUUUUUUUUUUGUCUAUGAUGAACAAUGAUAAAACAAAUUAUAUUUUAAAAAACAAAUUAACUCUACAUUCACACCUAAGUGUGUGAUUUAUACUUGCCUCUGCUACUCAUUGUCCUUGUUAAGGACAGCCCCAAGGUUGAGGGAAUGGGAAACUAUUCCUAUGAAAGAAAUUAAGUUCCUCUUUAAAGAGCUAAUGCAGACGAGACGUCUUGGGCACUUCAUAGGAACUAACAAACACUUUUAGGUCUAACAGAAUGUAUUGACAGGAAUUAAUUAUCAUUUAUUUAUUUUUGUAGGAAAAGCACCUCCGAACCUUCCUCAGGGUGUCCCCCCGCUGUUGCACAACCAGUAUAUUGUAGGACCUGGAGGGCUUCUUCCCGCUUACCCAGUAAGCAAUGAUCAUUUUGUCUGGAGUGCAAUUGUUUGGCCACUGAUUAUUAGAGGGUUUGGUUUUUUAUUUCCUUGUUUGAUAUAGACUGUUGGACCAUAAUUAGUCAGAGAAAAUUAUAUCUGUAGAGGUUUUUUAUUCUACACUGUAGACCAUAGGUGCAGUUGAAUACUUUGUAGUAAUCUAACUUUGAAAAUCAUUAACGUGAGACUAUACAGCAUUUAAAGGAACACCAUAGUGUUACAAUACAAAAGUAUUGGUAAAGGUGGACAAAAGCUACUAUUGUCCACCUCCCAUUCACCCCAGUGUGUGGAAAGGGUUAACCCCUUAAGGACCAAACUUCUAGAAUAAAAGGGAAUCAUGCCAUGUCACACGUCAUGUGUCCUUAAGGGGUUAAACCCUGAGCGCUGGCUCUGUCUCCUCUGACUUUGACAAUAGGGAAGAAGUUAAUCUCCAUGUAAAUGCACGAAGUGCCUCUAGUGGCUCUCUCGGAGACCGCCAUUAAGGACCGUCUUAACACUGCAAUGUAAAUAUUGCAGUUUAUAUGAAACUGCAAUGUUUUACAGGGACACUGUACCCAGACCAAUGAGAUGAAGUAGUCUGGGUGCAUAUAAUGUCCCAUUAAAUAUCCCUGUUAGUAAGUUUAAAUUGGCAGAUCUACUGUAUUCCCAAACUAAAAUAUAGGGCUGUCACUGAAGCAUGUCUUUGGGCUUUGUGAAAAUUGUAGGAUAUCUUGUAGAACAAUCCAAAUUCAGAAAAUUUUUAUUUUUUUACUUCCAUUGGCUUAUGGUUUUCCUUCUCAUUAUCUUUAAGCAGAUUUACGGAUAUGAUGAUCUCCAAAUGCUGCAAUCAAGGCUCCCAAUGGUGAGUGCUCAUAUGUAUUACUCUGGAGGCACGUAAGGAAGCUUUACACUUCUGAGUAUAAUCGUUUUUGUUUUGUGUUUUUCCCCUAGGAUUACUAUGGAAUUACAUUCCCAGCUCCUGCUACGCUGACUGGCAGAGAUGGAGGCCUUGCAAGUAACCCAUACUCAGGUUGAUAAAUGUUAUUUGAAUAUUUAACUUAACUAGAAGUUUUCUUAUAAAAGAUACAGAAAAUAUUACGGAAUUAAACAAAUGUCAGUGAAUGGAAUUUGUAUUUAAUGAUGUUUUACAUUUUGUAUCCUGGAACAUUACAUUUGAGUUGUUUUUUUUUUUUUUUUUUUCUUGGAGAUCGCAGUCUCUGUUCCUCCAUAUCGAAGGUCCAGUAUUAGAGAUGUUUCUUUGGUUAAAUCACUUCCAGGUGUAUUGAGUUGUCUGCUAGAAAAGGAGCAUAAAGGCUGUAACAUUUAAACAAUGUCUAAAGGAGUAAUAGUGAGUAAAAUAUGGGGGGUUAAUACCCAUUAAAACUUGGAAAGUACAUAAACAGUAGUAGAAGAUUGGUGUGGGUUUUGUUUUUAAUGUAUAGUCCACUAAUACUAUACAAAAGACGCAACAAAGAGGACAAAAUUGUGUGCAUAUGUAUUGUAUAGAAAUUUGUAUGUUCGGAUAUUUGGCUCCAUCUUCACCCCAUAACUGUCUCUGAUCUGAUACUGUCCUCAUUUUCUCAUGUCUUGCAAAGUUUUUCAUUUCUGACUGUAACCUGUUGUGUUACAGGUGAUGUAGCAAAGUUUGGCAGAGCAGACUCUGCUUCUCCUGCUCCUGCCACAACACUGGCCCAACCUCAGCAGAACCAAACUCAGACACACCAUACGGCUCAGCAGCCCUUCCUGAACCCAACGUUGCCACCGGGCUACAGUUACACUGGAUUACCUUACUAUGCUGGCGUGCCUGGAGUACCCAGUGCUUUCCAGUAUGGGCCUACAAUGUUUGUAAGUUCUAAACCAGGCAACAUCUUGCAUGGGAAGAAAAGAAUUGGGGUCAGACUUUGCAGUAAGACAGGUCUCUCCAAAAGUGGCUGUCUAGUCAUAGUGGGGGUGGGGGGAUAAAUGGCGAUUUAAUUUUUUUUUUUUAAGUAACCACAUAAAAUGAGAACAGAUGCCUUGAAAUAGCUACAUUAUAAUUAUAGAACAAAGAGAAUGCAUUGGCAAGUGCAGUUGUUUUACCCCUUAAGGACCGUGGACAUACUAGGUACCUCCAUAUUACUUUCCGAAUCGCCGCUGUUCCCGCGCCGGUGAUCGGUGUUGCUCCCGGUCCUGGGUGGAGAGCCCAAACGGUCCCUACUGGCCAUGUGAUCGCUGUUAAAGAGCGAUCACUUGGCCGCGAUAGGCGUCCAUAGUGGGAUGAGGCAAUCCCACUAUGGACGCAGGGGGAUUGCCUAAACUGACAGGCAGUCUCCCUGCUGCUGUAAAAUAAAAACAUUAUGUUAAUAAUAGCACUGUAUUUAACCCUGUAACUUGCCAUGAAACCCUAAAACCUGUACAUGGGGAUACUGUUUUACUCGAUAGACUUCGCUGAACAGUGUUUCAAAACAGUAAAACCUAUUACAGCAAUGAUAUUGUCAGUGAAAGUGACGUUUGUUUGCAUUUUUCACACACAAACGGCACUUUCACUGAUAUUGUUGUGACACGUGUUACUGUUUUGAAACACUAAUAUUUGUGUUCAGCAAAGUCUCCCAUAACAGUACCCCCCAUGUACAGGUUUUUGUUUUUUUGAAAGUUACAGGGUCAAAUAUAAGGCUUGAUUUUAAUGAGAAUUACACCCAUGAUGGCAUAACAUUUGCAAAAGACAACCCAAGGUAUUGCAAAUGGUUUAUGUUCAUUCUUUUUUUUUUUUUAGUAGCCACUUCGUCACAAACACUAGCCAAAGUAUGCGUUCAUAAUUGUUGUGCUUUUUUCCCCCUUUUUCUUUCUUUAUAUAGUCAACAAACGACCAAGAAAAAGAAAUUGGACAUUACUAUACAACAAUAUAUUUUAAAUAACAUAAAAGUGUUAGAAUGAUAUCUUUAAUCUGGCAAACAUACCAAUGGCUUACGCAGCAUAUUGCUACGGUUGGCCGUGUUUUACAUUUUUAACACAGAAAUAUAAAUGCUAACUUUGGCCAGUCUUUGUGACUUAGUGUCUACUAAAAAAAGACUGGACAUACCCCAUAUUGAAUACCCUGGGGGGGGAGUAGUACUGCCACCAUAUUAAGAAAAAAAGAAUUUACGGUAAGUACAAAUUUUUUAUUUUUAUUUUUUUUUGUCAUAUGGUGGCAGUAACUGACGUGAUAUAGCAAGAAACUUCAUCUGGGCGGGAUUUAGGCCACUACUGCUUGCAACACCUUACGCCCGAAAGCUGCUUCAGAGGCAGUGUAUAUGUCUAGCCGAUAGUGUUUUAUAAAAGUGUUGAACGAUGACCAGCAUGCUGCUUUGCAGAUGAUCUCUGGGGAUGCAAAUGACUUCUCUGCCCAUGAAGUAGCCAUAGCUCGAGUUGAAUGGGCCUUCAAUGUAGUUGGAGAUUGAAAACCAGCCGAAGAAUAUGCCAAUUCUAUAACCUGAAUGAGCCAAUGGGACAAGGUACCCCGGGAAGCUACCAUGCCCUUGAGGUGCCCCUGAAAAUUAAUGAAGAGAUGAUCUGAUUUCCUGAAUUCUUUUGUUCUUGUUAAAUAAACGAACAAUGCUCUUCUGACGUCCAAUUUCUGCCAUCUGAGCUCUUGAGGAGAUGUAGCAUUGAUAUAAAAGGAGGGUAAAAUGAUAGGCUGAUUAACCGUCUUAGAAGAUAAUACUUUUGGUAGAAAGGACGGUCUAGGAUAAAGAACCAUCUUGUCAUUGUGAAAAAUGGUGAACUCAUCCGAGGAAGAAAGGGCGUGAAGUUCUCCCACUCUUUUUGCUGAGGUAAUGGCUACCAGGAACAAAACUUUGAGCGACAAAAUUUUUAAUGGAACCUCUUCCAAAGGUUCCAAGGGAUGGACACUAAGAGAUUGUAGGACCAGGGUUAAAUCCUAUGUUUGAAAUCUAGAUCGUUUAGGAGGUCGUUUGAGACUGAUGGAUCUAAAAAAUCAUCUGAUGAAGACAUUGGUGGCCAGAUUUUUAAUUAGAAAGAAACUUAGGCCGAUAUCUGAACCUUGAGUGUGGAGACACUCAAACCCGGUAAAAACCAAUCUUGCAAAAAAUGGAGAAUGUUAUCUAUAGAUGUAUACAAAACUGGGCUCUGGUGUUCCUUACUCCAGUGAAGAAAUUUAGACCAAAUCCUAAAGUAAAUCUUAGAAGUAGAUUUUCUAGUUGCGUGGAGUAACAUUGUUAUUCUGUCUUCUUGUAAACCUUGGUUUUGAAGGAUUAGCCUUGCAGUAGCCAAGCUGUCAACCUGAACGUUUCUAGGACUUUCAAGGGCAGGUCCCGGUUCACAAUAAGCAGGUUUGAUCUGGGAAGUUCCCAAUAAUUGAUGGUCAUUUCCUUUACAGUCACAAACCAGACUGUUUGGCCAGUAUGGGAUUAUCGCUAUAACCCUCGCUCUGUCUGUUCUUAUCUUGAGAAGGACCUUCGGAAUUAAGGGCAGAGGUGGAAAGACAUAAGCUAGGUGGAAGUUCCACUCUAUUGACAAAGCGUCUAACCAAUUGGGCCGAUCCGUUCUGCAUAAAGAGGCGAAAUUGUGAACCUUUUUGUUUGAGGCUCUUGCCAUCAAGUCUACUUCUGGAAGACCGAAGACUUCUGUCACGUAACUGAAGAUUUCCGGGUUCAAAAACCAUUCUUUUUGGUUCCACUUUCCUCUGCUUAGAUAGUCGGCUAUUAUAUUGUCGCUGCCUUUUAUGUGAACUGCUUUGAUAUCUUCCAGGUUUUUUUGUGACCAUUGCAUAAUAUCUGCACAAAGACCGAACAACUUCCUUACUUUGGUUCCUCCUUGACGAUUGAUAUAUGAAACUACUGUGCGAUUGUCUGAUUGUACCAUCACCGCUUUUUGUAGUAUCCAAGGCCUGAGGUAAAGUAGUGCGUAGAGUACUGCUACCAAUUCUAUGAAAUUUGCGGAUUCUUUGGCUUCUUCUGAUGACCAUCUUCCUUGGAACAUGGUGGAACCUAAGUGAGCUCCCCAGCCUGUGCUUGAGGCGUCUGUAGUGACUGCCAACCAAUCCCUCGGUUGAAAAGACAAACCUUCUGAAAGGCAUUCUGACAUUUUCCACCAAGCUAGCUGAUUUUUUACAUGAGAUGAUAGCUUGAAGAUUUCGUCUAAAUCUUCCUCCUUUUUUGACCAGGCAGUGAGGAUAUUCCAUUGCAAUGGUCUGACCUCCAACCUUGCCCAUUUGACAGCUGGAAAGGUGGCAAUUAGAAGACCCAAAACACCCAUUGCCUGUCUGAAGGAACAAGUUUCCAUCCUUUGGAGAUUGGAAAUUUCUUCUCUGAUUUUCCUCCUUUUCCACUUGGGAAGAAAAAUAGACAUGUAGACUGAAUUUAUCGUGAAACCGAGAAAUUCUAACUCUCUCGUAGGGAUGAGUACUGAUUUUUUUUUUUUCUGUUUAAGAACCAGCCAUGGUUUUGAAGAAGACUUAAAGUGACCUGCAGGUCCUUGUGCAGCUGUUCUUCUGUAUGAGCGAUGAGGAGCCAAUCGUCCAAAUAAGGGUAAUUGAAAUCCCUAAUUCUCUUAAAUGAGCUGUUAGAGGAGUAAGGAUCUUUGUAAAUAUCCUUGGGGCGGAAGACAGACCAGAUGGUAGAGCCCUGAACUGGAAAUGAACGGUGGAUCUUCCCUUUUUUAUAGCAAACCUCAGAAAUUUCCUUGAAGCGGUCGCGAUUGGAACAUGAAGAUAGGUGUCCUUUAAAUCUUUUAAAGUCGCCUCUUUGUAAAAGGGGAAAAAUCGACGUGAUUGACUCCAUACGAAAUCUGUGAUGGGGGAUGAAUUGAUUUGUGUAUUUUAGGUCCAGAAUGGGACGAAACAAGUGGUCUGGUUUUGGCACCAGAAAUAAUCUUGAAUAGACCCCCCAAAAUUUGUUUUUCUGGCACUCUUACUAUCACUCUUUUUCGUAACAGCAGCAUGGUUUGACAAAACAGAGCUUGUGAUUUCCUUGCAUACUGGUAUGUGGAUAUUAGAAAUUUUGUUCUUGGUUUUUCUGAAAAUAUUAUCUUGUGUCCUUUUUGGAUAAGGUUUAACACCCAAGGAUUCCUGGUGGUGUUUUCCAAUACAGAAACAAAUUGUUGGAGCCUUCCUACACUUCUGGUGUCAAAAACAUCUCUUUAUCUCUGAAGGUUCUUUUAAUAUCACCCUUUUGUUCGCAUUUAUGAUUUUUAUCCCUUCUUUGAAAAAAUUGCAGCCUCUCUUGAUAGAAUCUUCUAUUUUUAUUCUGAUAAUUUCUGUAUCCUGAUCUCCAGGAAAAUUUCUUAUCUUGCGGAAGCGCUUUCUUGGUUUCUGACAUUUGUCUAAUUAUUUCUUCUAAGGGAGCCCCAGAUAACUUUGUUUUUUCUAGUGGAAGUUCGCAAAGGACUGAUUUAGAGACUGAAUCCGCUGUCCAAGACCUUAACCAUAAGGCCCGUCUUGCUACCGAGGAUAGGCCCAUGGUUUUGGAUGCUAAAUUACUGACAUGUCCAAAAGGUAUUCAUUAGCCAAAAUGCAUUUUCUGAAACAAAUGGUCUAAUUCUUUAAUCUGGUCAGAUGAAAAAACAUCCUGCAUCGUAGUUAGCCAGAUGUUAUUUGCUCUGGCAACCGCUGCUCCUGCCAGUAAAGCCCUGCAUUGGAAACCGGCUGUCUGGUAAGCUCGUGUACACGAGGUUUCGGCUCUUUUAUCCAUUGGAUUUUUCAAAGCUGAAGUUUCCCCUAUAGGAAUAGUGGUCCUUUUAGCAAUCUGCGCGACCUGAACAUCUACUUUAGGGAGAUCUUCCCAAACCACUUCGCCAGCCAGUCUGAAGAUAUCCUUGAAGUGUCUAGAAAUAAAGGCACAUUUUUCAGGGUUUUUCCAUUCCCUAAAAAUUAGAUCGACAAGGCUUUGCUGUACAAAAAACCCUUUUUAGGAUUCUCACUAUCCUGAGGUAGGAUUGUUAGGUUAACUUCCUUUAUAAAUUUUCGAAUCUCAUCUGCAGGAAAACUAACCGGUUCACUUGAAGAGGAACCUGAAUCAAAUGACCUAUAUUCCCCAGAUGAGCUUUCAGAUGUAGAUGGCGACCUUCCCCCUUUUUUUUUAAUUUUAUUUAUUUUUUGUAUCGGGGAUUCUACCUUUUCAGACUCCUUAAUCGUCUCCAAGGUUUGGGCCAGAUUUUCUUGGAACCAAGAUAGGAAAGAUUGCAUAUCUUUUUGCUUAUCUUUUUCCAAAGAAUUUGCCGUACACUGACUGCACAUUUUCUUCCUUGAUCCAUCUAGGAGAGGUGUUGCACAUUCACUGCAAACUAAAUGUUUAGAUUUUACGGUAGCCUUUCUAGGCGUAGCAGCAGCCAGCUUUUCUUUGUCCACGUCCGGAUAAGCUGGGCUAGACAUAUCUGUGAAGAACAUAUGAAAAGGAGGUUUUAAAGCUUUAAAAUUGAAAGAAUAUUUUCAGAGAAUAUUUUAAAGUAAAGAUUAAUUUAAAUUUCACCUCAGUAGGUACUGCACAGCUUCUUAUAUUUCCCGGUUUCAAUUUUCGCGUUUUUUUUUUGUAUAUUUCUUUAAGGCUCCGGUAUGCGCAUGCGUGUUUGCGCACCCGGAAGCCUAGGUGGAACGCAAUCACCACCCAGGCGUGCGUUCCACCGCAGUGCGCAUGCUCGGCCAGAGCUCCACCUCCAGGAAGUAAUGCCGGAACCAUUCUCGGCAUAAAAGGAUCUCUCUCCACUUGCUCCGUAACCUUAUCGGUUAGGAGCAUGGUCACUCAGCUUACCGACCGGGUUCCCCAGACCAACAACCAGUGUGUCUCACCUAUGGAUGUCCUGUCCUUCCCUCUCGGGACAAGAAAGAAGAUUGGGGAAUAUCUGAGAGGUAUCACACUUUAUAGGGAAAGGGGGAGGGUCCUUUUUUAUUUUAAUUGCUAUUUGUCUUGUCCACAGGGAGAAGUAUAACCCUUCAGUUACUGCCACCAUAUGACAGAAAAAUAAUGGUAUCUUUAGAAAGACCAUUUAAUGGCGAGAAAAACUAUAUAAAAUGUGUGGGGACAGUAAAUGAGUAAGAGGAAAAUUACAGCUAAACAAACACCGCAGAAAUGUAAAAACAGCCCUGGUCCUUAACGGUAAGAAAAUUGAGAAACGGUCUGGUCACGAAGGGGUUAACAUUUAUGCUGUUACCCUGUUUGAGUGAAAGGUUGUUAGUAUGCUAAAUUCCUUAUAACUUAUAUAAUGCUGUUUAUCUUAUCAUAUAUCCCUUGAAGAAAAAUCGAAUUACAUUUUCAGGGAUUUUAUAAAGCAGUGUAAAAAACAACUCAUGCUGUAUGAGUCAUUCUGGGGCAGUAUUUAAAGGGAUCCUAUAGGCUCCUGGAGUGCCCCCCUCCCGCGUGGCUGAAUCCAGUGCAGAAGUCCUUCGGCGCUGGGUCACGCUUCUGCUCUGCCGAUGUCAGCCGGCGGUGGAGACUUAAUGAUGCGCAUUAGACCUCCCCAUAGGAAAGCAUUACUCCAUGCUUUCCUAUGGGGAUAAUCUGACACUGGAGUUCUCAGAGGACAAAGUCCGUUUGGAUUCCGGAUGCCCUCUAGAGGCUGUCUGGUAGACUAACAGAGGGCAGACUUUGAACUGCAAUGUAAACUGUGCAGUUCUCUGGAACUACAAUGUUUUACAUUGCAGCACUAGGUGCAAAAGGGUCACCGCACCCAGACCACUUCAAUUAGCUGAAGUGGUCUUGGUGCCUACAGUGUCUCUUUAACGUGGAGCAGUCUGCAGUAACAUCCUAUUGGUUGCCAUUGUGAUUGCUCAAACCUAUGUUAUUUCCCUUGGAAUUUCUUUAUAAAUAACAUUUUCAAUUUGUUUUUGUUUUUUACUGAAAAUGUCUAAAGAUCUCAGGGUUAUUCUACUUUUAUCAGUGGUACUGUAACAUAUAAUUAAUUCAGGAUAUGUUAAGGGAGGUUUUACAUGUCCUUUGAUAGAGCCUUAACUGAUUAAAAUAUAUUUAUACAAAGUCAAAACAUUUCAGGGAGUGUGAACUUUCUGUAUGUGCUUUAACAUCCAGGUACCUCCUGCUUCUGCUAAACAACAUGGAGUCAGCUUAAAUACAGCAUCAACCCCUUUCCAACAGGCCGGCGGUUACGGACAGCACAGCUAUGGUGCAGGUAUGGCUCAACCAUUAAACUCAGAAUUUAUACUGACACUCCUUGAUAGGGUCCCAUCAAGUGUAUAUGUUUAGUCAGUUUACCUUUUUUAGGUUAUGAUGAUCUCACACAAGGAACAGCUGGAGACUACAGCAAAGGAGGAUACAGUGGGUCAUCUCAAGCACAAAGCAAAUCUGCAAGCACUGGACCUGGCAAAGGUAAUGAACUGUAAUAUGGUGUAUCUGUUGGGCAUACUGACCAUAUCGAGAAGAAUCCUGGGUACUCCAUUCAUUUAUGGAGAUUAGUUGGGUAUCUCCUUAUUAGGUCCUUGCCUGUUUAAAAUGAAAUACUGAUUCUACCAAGCAUAAUGUCUGAUAUAAUCUGUCACUUGAUCACUAUCUGGUAUUUAAUAAAUCCUAGAAUAUCAAAGUAGAAAUUAAAUGCAGUUGCCAAUUAGCUUCAUCUUUGAGCAGAUCUCUAAGGGUAAAGACUGAUUCACUUUAAUAUUUCAUACGUCUUGGUUUUGUUUUUUUCUAUCGAAGUUAAAACUUCCUCCUUCACAUAUUUGUCUUUCAUCUGAGCUCUAUUAUAUUUUUUUUUUCCUCCUCCCUUUCUUUUCCUUGCACAUUCUGAGCUUACAAAAUCGGGGUCAGUAUGGUUUAUGCUGUGUAAGUCCAUAUAUAGUCUUUCUACUUUCAAGUAUAUAUUUUAAAAAACUAGAAGUCCUGGCUCUUUCCAAGAAAGUUCUACUUUCACAGAGAUCUUGGCUCUUUCUGACAGUCUUUUGUAUUUUGUUGCCAGGUGUGUCAGUGAGUUCCAGUAACACAGGAGUUCCUGAUAUCAGUGGCUCUGUCUACAACAAGACUCAGGUAAGCCGUACACUCGCUACUGCCUAACCCAUUCCUUCCCAGAAGGCAGAUUUAACUGUCCCUAUUUGUGUUUACCAGACGUUUGACAAGCAGGGAUUUCAUGCUGCAACACCGCCUCCCUUUAAUUUACCAUCGGCUCUCGGAUCGACUGGGCCAUUAAACCCUGGUGCAGCUGCUGGCUACGCUCCUGCUCCUUUCCUCCAUAUUUUGCCGGCUCAUCAGCAGCCUCAUUCUCAGCUGCUGCAUCACCACCUCCAGCAGGAUGGUCAGGUGAGAAUGUCGGGUGGUAUUUGUUAAAGCUCCAGAUACUUACUAUGAGUACUUUGAUACCAAGGGUGUGGAUUCCUUACAAAUGAGUUGAUCAUGUGUGCCACUGUCUAGAGACAGUGCUUUGUGAAAAAUGGGUGGAAUUGAACACCAAUCCUUCCCUUCAUAUCCUCCGGUUUGAACCAGCAUUGACUUAGCAUUUUGGUAAUUGGCACAGAACCUCAGGGGGAAGGGGGAGUUGCAUUUAAGGGGAACACUGAUUUGUGAAUUGGACGAACAGUAUUAUAAUUGUUGUGGGGUGUUUUUUUUUUGUUUUUGUUUUUUUUUUCUUAAACAUUGGUUCUAUAAAAUCUAAGGGAUCAAUAACUAAACCUCCCCAUGAACAGCACAUACUGCCUGAUGUAUAUUUGUAAUGUCACCUGGAGAAGGUUUGCAGUGGAUUGUACUUGUGACAGUCUGCAGCAGUACAUCCUUUACAAAUCUGCCAAUAUUGUUUUUUUUGCAGGGUGCAUCCGGCCAGCGCAGCCAAGCAAACACAAUGCAGCAGAAAUCUCAGACGAACAAGACUGCCUACACCCCGUCCCCAUACUGGACAAACUGA